AGCAGAGUGGAGUCUGAUGCUGGAGGAGGGGAAGUGCAGGUGCUAGGUGAAAAAGCACAGUGAAUGAGAGGAGAGCAAUAGGAAGGACAAGAAGGGAAGGAUCACAGUCACAGAGUGCUCAGACCUGGAGGAUUUAUCUCAGGAUACCGGCUGGAAUAUGCACAUCAAGAAAUAGUACUCACUCAGGAAAUUACCCUGAUUACAAAUAAAACAAUAGCUUGGGCAGAGGACAGGCUGCUCGAGAGGCUAAGAGAAGAGGGUAGAUAGAUACAUUGUAUCUUUGUAUCUGACGUUCUAAAAGCAGAACGGUGACUAGCAGCUCAAGCACCAUCCUCGCUGCCUCCUUGCCCACCCUAAGUGCCCCCUUCGUUGCCCAGCCUAGCUGACCACUGUGUGCUGCUGCGGGCAAGGCGGGCUGGAGGUCCGGGAGAUGUCAGCAGUGAGUGGUACCGAGCCCAGCCCUGCAGCCGGGGGCAGGGUGUUCUUCCAGACCCCGCUGGCAGCCCCCGGAGCUCGGGAGGACCCCCCGCCGGUAGUGGCAGCGGCUCAGCAGCAGCAACAACACAAGCAGCAGCAGCAGAGGAGACAGCAGCAGGGCAAAGUGACUGUGAAAUACGACAGGAAAGAGCUGAGGAAGCGGCUGGUGCUGGAGGAGUGGAUUGUGGAGCAGCUCAGUGAGCUGUACGGCUGCGAGGUAGCCAUGUACUAAAGUAUCUCUCUCUCUAGUCUUAACACAGACCAUGCUGCCCGCUUUAACCAUUUUUACUGCUAACCUUGUAAAAGCCAUGGAUUUCAUGAGGAAGAUGUACUAAGCCAGCAGGGUAGCUGUGAUUUUUUUUAUUUAUUUACUUUUUUUUUUUUUUAAUACAGCCCCAAUAUAUGGUUUAGCUAUAACCCCCGCCCCCUCCCCAUUGUGAGAAGUGGUCACCCUAGUCUAGUUUAUCUCCUAAUAAUGUGUCCCCAGCACGGUGUGUCUGUAAUGGGAAUCACAUCCUUGGACUAUUGUCAUUCCCUGUGCCAUAUACCGCUAGCCUGUUUUUCUCCCACUCUGUUUAUUCUGUAUUUUUCAUAUACACUUUUUUUUAAAUUAUUAUCCUGCCAGAUUACUGUAAAAAAUGUACACUCCUUAGUUUUUUCUAUCCUCCAUUUUAUGAAUAAGUGUUCAUUUCAAAAGUCACUCACAUAUAGAUGUGCUGCUCCUAGGGAACUGUGUAAUUGGUUUCACAGAGACAAGGGCUUGUCUGCUUUAUAAAAUUUAGUAAUACAUCACUACUGCAUAACAACAGGUAUCCCUAAUAGGAUAUAUAUAGAUAGUAUAGUGUGUGUGUGUGUGUGUGUGUGUGUGUGUGUGUGAUAUAUAUAUAUAUAUAUAUAUAUAUAUAUAUAUAUAUAUAUAUAUAUAUAUAUAUAUAUAUAUAUAUAUAUAUUGCACACGAAUUCCACAUACAUUUUGUUGUUUUUCAUUGUGUAGCUAUUGUAAGCACUUGAUCUUCCUGAAGCUGUUACUUACAUAUGACUGGGUCACCUUCAUUUAAUGCCAUUAGUGUCUACUGUACUGUCUGGGUAAGACUAUUGUGUCUGGUUCUCUAGAAGCCUCUUUUGCAUUAGAUCAGAUUUAAGAAGUGUUAACUCCUGUAUUGCCUCAACUAAUACACAUGUAGCUGUGUGGUUUUUCUGGGUCCACAGACAUAUUGACUUUGUCUUGCUCAUAUAAUCUGGAAGUAUGACACAAACUGAUAUAUAGUUAUUGGGGAUCUCGAGAUCAAUGAACCGUCACAAUGUAGAAUUUAUUUCAGCAAUAAACUCUCAUAGGACUCUGUAAACUGUGGGUUUAAUGAGUGAUUCUGGCUUGGAAAUGAAAUAUAUAAUUGUUUGUGCUUGCAAAUGAUAUUCCAUAAGAUUCUGUACUUUUAUAGGAAGUACUAGGACUAGGCCUGGGGGAACAUUUCUAACAAACUAGCCUCUAUGAGAACAAAUAGACUUUUAGGCUCCGCUCUUGCAAGAAAGGUUUUGCUCACUUGUACCAUUCUAGUGGAAGCUAUCAUUUGCAUAUCAGCCUGGUCCCACCUAAAAGGGUAAUCCAUAUCUGAAACUCCAGUGAGGCACACGCUUUAUGAAAGAUACAGAAAUGUCAGCCUUUGGGCCUCAUCAGUGAGAUGUAAAUGAUACAAUAAAGGCAAAGGAGUCUGGGUUACCAUUAAGAAUUAGGGAGAUGACACGGAGACUAACGUAAAUAUCAGUGAUUAACUUUAACAGCCAUGUAAAUGUUCCUAAUUGGUAUGGUGGAAUUCAUAUGUUUGUUACUUGUGGCCUUUUUGUUUAUUUGUUAUUUUUAUACCCAUGUUGUAUGCCUCCAUCCAUUUAAAAAUUGCUGCAUCAGCCAGCUUCCUUCUCUUGAUUUAAGAUAAAAUGCAAAAGUUGUGCCUGCGGAAGCUCAGAUCUCCCGGCGUGAUGCUCUGUUGUGCAAUGCUGGUCCUCAGGAUGAGGGUGCAAGAAUAUGAUGUAGUUGUAUGUGGACAUAUUGAGGAUUAUCUUCUUGAUCUCACAAUAGGUCUCUCUUACAGGCUUUUCAUAGUGGGCCAACAGUGGCACAGAUCUUGUUCUCUUCCAACUAGACUAUCAUAGGGUAUCUGCAUACUUAUUCCUAGCCACUGGUAAUGACAGAUGACCACAAAACACAGAUGCAAACUGGUGGCAGAAUAACAAAUGGUCUUCUCAUUUUACCAUUUUUUAAAAAAAUUUUUUUUAAUUAUUCACAUUUUCUUAUGCCCAUAUUUGGGGUGUUUAACUUGAGCAUGGAGUGUCUCUUUAAAAGUCACAUUGCAGGCUUUAUAUAUAACUUGCAUGAGUAGUUCUAUACAUAUUUUUCAAUUUUAAGGGUAAAACCAACAUUUCAUGAAUGAAACCACUCACUACCAGGUCUUCAGAGUGAUUUACUGCUUCACCAGAAAGCUGAGAGUUGUACUUAUUAUCCCGUGAGGAUAAGCAAUGUAGCUGCCCCGUGAUUCGCACCAAAAGGGAUUUUCAGAAGUAUCAUCUUUUUAAUGUGAAUAUUGCACAUUGACAAAAUAAAUCUAUCCGUAUAAUCUAUCUACACAGACUGCUAAUGUCUAUGUGAUGGUAGUAUAUUGAAAAUGCAGUGCUUUUCGAGUGUUCCUGGUUAAGUCCUUGUGAUAAUUAAAUGAGGAUUAAUUAGUUAAUCGAAGGUGAAGGCUGAUUUGUAAACUGACUUGAAAUAUGACCUCUUUGUAUCAGACAUCUGGUAGAGCAGAGUAUUGAAGUUGGAUUGAACCAUAUCAUGAAAUCAUGUGAUUUCUUUGUUAGAAGCUGCUGCAUUUUUCCAUCUGUUGGUUCUAGACAGUAACUUAACCUCUUUGUUUUAGCUUUUUUUGCAUUAUUUCAAGGGCAACCUUUUUGUGUUGCAGCUCUAGUUACUGUUAAGUGACAUUUGUAGAGCGUAUUCUGUUUUAACUGGCGUAUAGCCCCACCUUUAAAUUACGUCCAUUAUUUUGGCCCUGCAUAUAAUAUUUGUGUGUGCUUGUCUUCUGAUCUGCCACUGUCUACAUUAAUGUCAAUCAAUAUUCCUAUAAUAUGGUACUUUGUAGUGGAUACCGUCCCAGGAGUGCCUUGACACUGGUUCACGGUAAGUAGUCAAAAUGGUUUUUAGUAUGGUUUGACAACUUACCUUUCCACAUAACCUGCAUUUGGUCUUUACCUGCAGGAGAGUCUGGUCUAUUGAAUAAAGCAGGGCCAUGUAGGACCAUGCUCUUGACUGAGAGCAUCAACUGAGUGCUUUCAACCAAUGAGUGAAGUCCCGUAUUGGCCGUGCCUUAUUCUACAGAGACCUUUCUUCUACUGAAGAUUGGGUGCAAUUUGUACACUCGGGAGACCCAAGCAAACACUCAAAUUUGUUUGAUUACCAACAGUGGAAUAGUGACAGGGCACUCUUAGUACCAGCACCACAAAAACAGACUGUAGUGGAUAUGGUUCUUGGAAUGUAAAAAAAAAAUUACAAAAAAUACAAAAGCGUAUGCCAUACUAUAGUUGGCAGCAAUAUUAGUAAAAAAAACAAACAAACAAAAAAAAAACUGACUUCAGUCACUGUACGCUAACAUUUUGUCACACUUGCUGGGCACAAUAGUAUAAGCAUGUUGGUUCUCUGGGAAAUGAUCUUCUUCAACUUUCUAUGGUGCCGACUGCCGAGCUAUAGGAGAUUAUGUUGCAUUUCCACUACUUUUGCGUGCUGUUUUGGAAUAUGUAUGUGUAUGUUUUAACAUUACAAUCUAAUGUAGUUGUUCUGGUGACUAUAGUGUCACUUUAAGUGCAAUAUUAUGCAUUGCGUAUUUUAAAUGUUUACGUUACAUGGUUAUUCUUUUAAUAGUUUAAUUUGUUUUUUUAUUCCUUUAUAUGUAGGAUAUGGUCAACAGUAAGUAUCUAACACAUUACUGUCCCUCUCUAUGGUCUGUUAUCUUAAUGAACCAUGUAGUCUGGGUUAUCUGUUAGAAACAUUUUCUUUCCAAGACAAGUAACUCUCAUUUAAACAUUUGAAUAUUUAGGCCUCAAUUUAAUAUUGUUGGAUAAGCUUUUAUAAUGAUGAUGAUGAUGGAUAGAUAAUAUAUUUUUAAAGUUUAUCCAAAAAUAUUAAAUAUUUUUAAAAGCUUAUCCAGCAAUAUUAAAUUAAAGCCAUAACCUGUGAUGCCCCACACAGUGUUUUACCAACUACAUUAACCAUGUAGACCAGAAUGUCUCAAAAACUAGACAAAAUGUUGCCCAUUCUGUUUACCUUUCACUUUAAUGAGCCUCAAAACCUCAAGAAGCACAUUGUACCACAAGCAGAUAGUCUCUCAAUAAUGAAGUGAUGCCUUCACUUGGGUUACUUGGUUCUUCUUAUUUAUAAAGCGCCUAGCAAUUCAACAGCACUGUACAUUAGAUUACACCUGGAUGCAGAACCUUGCUAAAAUGGAGUGCUAUGCCUUGGCCUGAUUAAAUAGAAACCUGGAGGUUGGAAUAUCUCUGGCUUUCAUUCUCCCAAUUUUGGGUCUGUUUGGAUGUGUCCUAGCAGUCUGGGAAAUUCAGGGAAAAGUAGCCAAAUACAGAGGCGUGUCUUAACUAAUCCCGUUUUAAACCUGCCUUAUACCCCCAGGUCACAGAGUGAGCAAAAGGACAUUUGCUAGAAAAGCCAUUUUCCUUGGGAUAGAGCCUGUAAAAUAACAUUGGAGGACCUGCAUCCUGGUGUCCCCCUCCAGCCAAAUUACUGGAGGGGCUAUAUAUAUCUAUCACUAUUUUACCAUCAGGGGGAUCUAAUCUCAUUACAGCUCUUUGGUUGGUUUGUCAUUCAACCAAUCAAAUCACAAACAACAAAGAUAGUGUGCAGCGCAAAACAAAGUGAUGCCACUUUGAGGGGUAUUCCAGCGCACAUACCCAGCAAAGGUAGAGGAGCUCCGUUGGCAUCACUUUGUUUUGCGCUGCACACUAUCUUUGUUGUUUGUGUUUAUUUUACUGUGGGAUUUUUGUGAUUAUUCCCACUUAGUGUGUUCUAGCUGCUGUGUCUAGCGCCACGGUUUAUACUGUUUGCCUUUUUUCUCUAACCAAUCAAAUCACUUUGACAGGUAAGUCUCCUUUCACUCUAGACUUGCCACAGGAAUAUUCCCAGGCAAGACUUGAGAGAAGUGAGAUUUGCCUGUCAUAUACAAGACACUCUGUGUACUCUACAGAGAUUUCAUAGUGUGAGAACUUUUUAGAAUGGCUUUUGGGGUGUAACGGAGCUCCUCUACCUUUGCUGGGUAUGUGCGCUGGAAUACCCCUCAAUGUAUUUUUUUUUUUUUGUUUGUUUUUUAAAUUUUUUCUUUUUUUCCUUAAAACUGUCAUGUGGUAGCUACUUAGUCACAAAACCUGGCCAAAGUGCUCAUAUUUGUUAGUUUUCAUAAUUUUUUUUUUUUUUUUACACGAAAACUGCACUUUCACUGAUGAUAUCAACAUCACUAUACGUUUUACUGCUCUUAAUUAUAUAACCUUGUGUGUAAUAAUCUCAGCCAAGUAGGCAGAGCAGGGGCGGAGUCAGCUGCGGCAAGACCUGCACGGUGCUGGAAUAAAGGUAAGUUUUAUACUUUUUUAACCUGGGCAAGGGGGGGUUGGCUUCUUAAAAUGUGUUUUUAACCUUCUAGUGUCAGGAAUACCUGUUUGUAUUCCUGACACUAUAGUGUUGCUCUAAGUGCCUUCCACUUUCAGUUCCAUAGUUGUCUCCAGAUUUUAUAUUUUUUUUUACAAUUCUAAAAUUUGUAAUUUCAUUCGAGAUUUGUUUUCUGCUACUCACGCAAUGAAGAUGGAUCAUUUUAUGAGUAGUUGUGAUGCCCAGCAUAUUUGUGGGUGGAUAGUACAUUUGUAAACCUUUACCAACGAUAUAUAAUAAUAAAGGUAAAUUCUGUCACAUUUAGUUUCCCGUCCAGAACAUAGUUUGUAAAGAGGGUCUGCACUCAUGGCCUUCUUCCCAUAUAAAACGGUCUAUUCCUUUACAUUUGCAUUACAAAUUGCAUAAAAUGUUAUCCCAGUGUUGGCUUUCCUCAGGACAGCAUAUAUAAUGUCAUUUUAUUAAAAAAAAAAAUUUCCUUCCGUAAAAGCAAAUAUUAAAAUAAACGCACCUAGGUUGAAAACUGGAGGAAAAAUAAACAGGAGUUAAAAGUACAACUGCUACUUUCUUGGUCAGUUUGGCCAAACACUUUACAUUGCUAUCAGCACUAAGUUGUACCAGUUCUGCACACAUAAUCUGACCCUGGUAACUGUUGUACUAUUCUUUUGUAGCUUUAAAAAAAUAAAAAAAACAUAGUUCAAAUAGACCAAAUCUAUUUACAUGGCCUUGUAUGUUUGAUGUCCAACAUUCAACUAGUGUUGACGAAAAUCAGACACAAACAAGUAUUGAUGGAGCUUUGUUUCCGUUUGUGUUGCUAAGGUGUGCACGAUCUGGCCUUUUGGUACAGCUGAGAAUAGAUGUGAGUCAUCUUAGUGUGAAACUGCAGUAAGAAGUGUUGCUUCUUUCUCUUCAAAUGGUUUGCUGUAAGUCUCUAUUCUAUUUGUGAUCACUGAUGUAAAUAUAUUGGUAUAUUUCCUUCUUCUGAAUUCUUUUAGUCGACUAAAUGCUAUAUUUAUUAAAAGGAACCACUUAAUAUUAAAAUAUAUUUAUUUUUAAUGUCUGUUUAGAGUACUACGAUAAAAUAGAAAUCCUGGAUUUAGAAAUCUGAGAAAAAGUUAGCUUAUAAACUAAAACCUUCCCCAAUGUGUAUCUUUCCACUAACCAUUACAGUUCUCUCCUCUCACCAGUCAUGUUACCUGGUAGACUCACUGCUUAGUUAUGCCAUCUUUCUUAAGGAAGGAUCAUGACUAUGUGUCAUAAGUCAUUAGUAUCCUAAAUUUCCUUACGUGGUGUGACUAGCUCCCUCAUAUGUUUACAUUGUUAUAGAAUGCAAUGGCUUCAUUGUCCCAUCCCACCACCCUUCAAUGUGUCUUAAUUGUGUGGGUCAAAAUAUGGCGCCCUGACCAAUGGGAUUUAAUUAUGUUGAAUGAUCUGAACUGGUCAUUAGGGUCAUACUCUAGAAUAGGGGUAGUCAACCUUUUUUUUUUUUUUACCUACCGCCCACUAAUGCAUCUUUCUUGAUGGAAAAAUGUCCUUACUGCCCACCAGUUUUUGCGCAAGUGCAGAAUAUUUUUUAGAAAGGAGGGUGUUUAAUGAAUGUUUAUAGUGUUUUUAACUUUAUAAAGUUUAACGAGAAAAUAAAGUAAAUUGAAAUUUCCUUUACUAGGGAUUAAUGAGAUCUUUGAGGUUGAUGCUGCGAGACUAAAUAUUUGAUAUCUGGUUCAAUUUUCGUAAGGAACAUACAAAGGUCUCCUCUUUCGGUGAUAUUCAGACAAUUUCUCUGUUUGCUCAUAAUGAUUUCUCAUCUGUGCAUCAGCUCCCCUCCCCACCUUUUUUCCCCUUUUUCCUAUUUUUUAACCUUCGUUAUAGCAAUGCCCAGCAGGAAGGCUGAGCUAGGUAGCCCAUUUAUUAUUAUUAUUAUUAUUAUUAUUAUUAUUAUUAUUAUUAUUAUUAUUAUUAUUAGCCAACAACAAUUUUCGCCUUUUGCUUCUUUCUCCAAUGCUACAAGUACUCUGCUCCUUCUUUCUCCAAUGCUACAAGUACUCUGCUCUUUCAUUCUCCUAUUUACAAGUACUCUCCUCCUUUAUUUAUUCUAUCCUCUUUCUUCCUUUUUUAAUUUUUUUGAUCUUUUCCUUUUUAUCUCCUUUUUUUUUUUAUGCUUUUCUUUUACUUUCCUAAGGGCAAUGUACAAAAGUAAGGCUGAUGUAUGGUGGGUAGGGGGGCUCUAUAGUGGAUAGAGGGACUGUCUGUGAGGUGGUGGGCAUAUGAAUGGUGGGUAGGGGGCUGUAAAAAGGUAAAUACCUUUCAGUGUCCUCUUGGUUCAGUGGGCAGCUUCCCAGCAGCUUCCUAGUAACGUGUGUGUGGGGCGGAGCUUGUGGGCAGGAGGCGGAGCUUCUGUUUGGGGCAGGGCAUGCGACUGAAAUGAUUUUAGACUAUGCAGGGAGACUGAUGGGUCUUCCUGCAGCUGUUGGCAGUCACACCAGCCCCCAGCUCCUCCCUCCCUCCCCUUGGACUGACAGGCUGGCCCAGUCUGAGGGGAGGAUUUAUCAGAAUGAUCAUUAGGGCUGUCGCCCCAGCCCCAGCUGGACCAGUCCCGCCCUGCCACCCACUCUCUCAAACGGAGGAUUUAGCCACCGAAAUCCCUACCGCCCACCUGGAAUCCUGAAACGCCCACUAGUGGGCGGUAGGGACCAGGUUGACGACCCAUGCUCUAGAAAAUGGGAAAUAAUGUUUGAUGUUUAAGCUGUAUGUUUUGUGGUUGUCAUGGAGAUAGAUUUUAUUUAUCUUGCCAGUGUUAAAUCCGAAGCUCUCUGGUGGCCUGCAUGUGGAUGCGGUUUGGGAGGGGCGGAUGCUCUUCCCGCUGUUAUUCCUGCCGGAACAUGUAGUGGCGGUUAGGGUUCCUGUCUACCAUGCAUACAUCCACAACACAAGCCCUAAUGGAGACAACCAUGCUCCGAUUGGAUGCAAUUUUUGCCUAAUUUUGGGAGAGUCUGGAGCAUAGGCUGAGCCAACCUGUGGAGAAUCCUCUGAGUGUCAGCACAAUAUGGAACUCACCUCCUGAGCCUCACCACUUCACCUCUGUCUUGACCCGGCGGUACACUUUGGCUCUCCCAUGCAUGCUACCAAUGUCUCGUCCGGCACUUACCUAGAUCCCAGAGUGACUGGCACUCGCCUCCACUCUCUCAGGCUGAGGGCCUUGAAGGAAUCUACCCUGAUGCAUACCAAACAACCCCAGAGGGAAUGCCAACAAUUCUCCUGGGACUUUGUUCUUGGUGUUCAGAGUUUCCGGAACAGCGGACACCGUGUAUGGGCCCUCACUGCAGCCUGGGGCCAGCGGUAUGGACCGUGCUGAAUAAAUGAGACAUUAUCUGGUGGUGGGGGCUGGAGACCAAGCAUAGGUGUUGGAUAAACUACUUGAUACAGGGUUUAUGCAUAGGGUGCAAAUUGCAAUUACACCUAGAGCUUAUAAGAUCAGAUACCUCCUAUGUGUACUCUGCUGUUGAUUUCAGUCUGCCGGAUUACCUGAUCCACCCUCCCACAGUCUACCUUGAAGGUACACCACAGUUACCUGUCUAGCUUUACAAAGCUCAUUUUAUUUUUCUUAAGUUUAUUUGCAUUUUACAUGCUGCAGCAUAACCCUGCUACAUUGCUCUUUUAAAGCCACAUUGGUGUUCCACCUGUUACUAGCUGUUGGGCAUCCUCUUCCAUGUUUAUGCUUUGUGUAUAACAUGCUUCCAUUAUAAAGAGGCAAAAUUAUAUUCUCAUGUCGAGAAUUAAUGCCUUUUUUCAUGCAUAACAAUACUUUACUAGCCUUAGCCACUGCUGAUUGACAUUGCACAUUGUUGCAUAGUUUGUCUAUAACAAUUCCGAAGUCCUUCUCGUGUGUUGUCAUCCCUAAUUAAAGGUAUACAUCGCUUGUGCAUUCUUUAUGCCGAAGUGCAUAACUUUGCAUUUUUCUACGUUAAAUUGCAUCUGCCAUUUAAAGGACCACUCGUUUUCCUGGCACUAUAUAGUCCUUAGGUCCCCCCCACCCUCAGGGCCCCCUUCCUGAUGGGCUCAAGGGGUUAAAACCCCUUCAGCCACUUACCUUAAUCCAGCACCGGGCUCCCUCUGCACUGGUGACCCCUCCUCCCCCUCCAACGUCAGCUCCCGAGUGGGAGAACAUCAAUGCUUUCCUAUAGACGUUCUGCGUGCUCAAUGUGACUUUCGCAUAAAGUGUCACGGACGUGCCUCUAGCAGCUGUCAGGAAGACAGCCACUAGAGGCUGAGUUAACCCUGCAAUGUAAACAUAGCAGUUUCGUUUCCGGUUGCAGGGUUAAAACCUGGGGAACCUGGCACCCAGACCACUUCAUUGAGCUGAAGCAGUCUGUGUGAAUACAGUGGUCCUUUAAGUGCCCAGUCCCCCAGUCUAUCUAAAUCCCUCUGCAGCAAAGUAAUAUCUUGCUCACGUUAUAUUACUUUACAGAGUUUUGUGUCAUCUGCAAACACUGAAAUAUGACUUUCAAUGCUUUUUUUUUUCAAAGAUCAUUUAUAAACAUAUUAAACAGAAGGGGUUCCAGCACAGAACCCUGAGGUACACCACCAGUCACCUCUGCCCAGCUUGAAAAUGUACCAUUAAUGACAACUCUGUACUGUAUAUUUUUUUUAGCCAUUGUUCUACCCAAGAACAAGAAUUUUCAUCUAGACCGAUUUCCUUGAGUUUGAACACUAAUCUAUUGUGUAGAACUGUAUCAAACGCCUUGGCAAAAUCCAAAUAGAUCACAUCCACAGCAACACCCUGAUCUAAACUUCUACUUACUUCUUUGUAGAAUGCAAUCAAGUUAGUUUGACAUGACCUGUGCUUCAUAAAACUCUGCAAAUUUUUACUGAUAACCAUGUUCUUCUCAAGGAAUUCUUGAAUAUUAUCCCUUAAUAACCUUUCAAAUACUUUCCCAGCCACAGAAGGUAAGCUCACAGGUCUAUAAUUUCCAGGCAAGGAUUUUGAACCCUUAUAGGAACCACAUCGGCCUUCCUUCAAUCCUCCGGGAACACUUCCUAAAAGUAUAGAAUCUUGAAAGAUUUAAAAGAGGUUCACUUAUUUCCACGCUUUGUUACUCAAGUACUCGUGGAUGAAUACCACCAGGCCCUGGAGCUUUCUUUAUAUUAACUUUCUUUAGUUGCUGAAGCACCUUGUCUUGGGUUAGCUAACUGCAAUUUUUCUGCACGUUUAUUUUACAUCACAUCAUCCCCGAGUCAAGCACCAUAAACCUUAAAUCACGCUGUAUAUAGCUAUUUAAGUAGUCUACCUGUUUUAGAACAGGCUUUGACAUCUUACCUGGUAUCCACAGGAUCUCAGGAGGCUGUAUUGACGGAAUAGAGCGGUGCCCUGCGUACUACAGGUAAUAAGUCAAAUAGCUUGAGUUCUUACACUAUAGCGGUUAUGGUGCUGUGAGUGUUUCUUGAAAUGAGUGGGCUGCUUAGCUUUUUACAAUAGCACUCUGAGCUGUAAAGGACAUAUAGGUAUAGUCCUGCGUGUGCACAUGUUCUCUCAGCAUAUCUCUUUAAGGCUGUAGAAGCUCAUUUGCUAGGUGUUGGCAUACACUGUAGAAAGAUAUUGCCUCCCGUCACUCUCCAGCGUGAUUUACCCUGUUUACAAAAUGUUUGCUAGUUUCUGGGGUCCAAGCAGAGACAUCUCUCACUGUGUUCCUAUACUCCCCUUGCAAUUGACCACACUUGCUAUUGGAGUAAUCACAGCAAUUACUGUACUGCUGUUGAUGUAAUGUAGAACAGGAAAAGUGCUUGUAGGAGGGUUCUCAGUAUAGACCUGUCUGUCAUUGUCAUGAGAUUGAUUGGUAGGUGAGGGUAGGGACAAGAUUUGUAGGAAACAAAUGAAACAAUGCUUGCAUUUUUUUUUAUUUUUUUUUGCUUAACAUAUUCUUAAAGGGGCACUCCAGGCACCAACUGAAAAUUUAAGCAGCUGGAUGCUGCUGGGGGAAGAGUACAUUGGCGCUGGAGGCAACUUUGGAGUUAAACCAUUUUGAGAAUGGUUUAACCCCUUGAGGUAAGAGUGCCUCUGGGUGUCUCCUGGUACCAUAACUUAAUUCAGAUGUAGUUGUUUUGGUGCCUGGAGUGUCUCUUUAAGCGUCAUGAUUUUGGCUUGACUCUCUUUUAAAAAUAUGUGAGCAAGACACCAUCUUGUGCAUGUGUUUAAAGAAACUUACUCCAAAUCUAUUAUACAUUAUGUGACUCAAGGAUAGAUAUUAACAUUCUGUAUUAAUGCUCAGAGUGACAGAUGAUUUUCUGAAGAUAAUUACAGAUCUGUUUACUACUCAGCCAAAUAGUUUGAUUCCUCUGGCUUUGGUUGAAACACAGCAGGGAGGCUUGAUUAUAACUCAACUUUGAUUUAAUUCAACACAAAGAAAAGCUAAAUUAAAGUAAUUGAUUUGUAUAAAAACUGAAUGAAAAUGCUCGUAUGGCUUGCGAAAAAAAUAAAGGCUUGGCUGAUAAACCCCUUCCAAAAUAGAUAGUUUAAGGUUUAGUUGACAAGCAAAAAAGUGAAUAACAUUUCUUAUUUUGUUUUAAUAUUUAUGCAGUUUUAAAGGACCAUUCUGGCGCCAUAACAACUUCAUCUCUCAACGGCACUGUUUCUUCGGCCCCUGUGCCUCAUUCGGACUAUGUUCUCAAUAAGGAAUCUUCUCAGUAAGGUAGUGAUAGGCUAUCACUAGUCUCCUAUUGAGAAUAAUGAUUAUAUUAAGAUGUGGUUUUAAUGGUCCCUGUUGGCAAAUAAUAAUAUUUAACCAGGAAAGGUACAUUCAGAUUACUCUGGUUUUCAAGUACGUCCUGGGGAUGUUACCUUAGCCCAACAUCCAGGGGUUGUUACUAUUACCCAAUUUAAUGGUACUCCUUUUAUAUACCUCGGCAGGAUGAAGAUUCUUUUGAUCAUGCACUAGCCCACUGAGCUAUCUCACCGACUAUAAUGUUGAUUAACAAUUUGUGAAUCAACAUUAGAGCUGGUGAGGACACCAGCAUACUUUGGUAACUACUAAGGCUAGAUAAAAAAACAAAAACACAAAAUCCUAUUGAUUUACAGGCGUGUGUGGAUUCAAUUUUGCUAACUGGACUGGAUAAAACCUUCCCCCAAGAAGAAGAAAAAAAAUGUUUAUCCCCAUCAAUAACAAAAUAGUGUUGUUUUAAAAAACCACUCAGGGCACCAUAAUAGCCUCAUCACAAUUAAGUUAUGGUGUGAGGAGGUCCCAGGCUGUGACUUACCUUAAGCGUUUAUACUGUUUACGAGUGUUGCCUCCCUCCCCCAAACUUUUGAAGAUGGAGCCUUUUUGCUUCAAUGAGCAACUCCCUCCUGAAGCUCAUUGAGCAGGGCCCUCAACCCCUCUGUUCCUGUGCAUCCAACUUGUCUGGUUACAACUACAUGUCUGUUCGUCCACCCAUUGUAGAACGCUGCAGGAUUUUUUUUAUAAAUGAUAAUAAUCCUAAACUUUAAACAGCAAACCUCGAACUUGGUGCCACUGAGAGUUUGGAAAUGGUCCAUGCAGUCUAACUGCACCAUAACCCUUUCAAUUUGAAUGUAGUGGUGGUGGUGCUCAGACUGCUUGCUUUAUGAACAAACAAUGUGUGCUUGUUUUGCUGUCCUUAAUAUGUCCAAAAUAAAGACUUCCCAUUACGUAGUUUUCAGUUAAACAUCACUUUGGAGUAACGAUUUCAAAACGUUACAUGCAUGAAACUCAGUAUGACUCAAGGAUAAUGAUUGGAAUGCUCUAGAGAUGUACGUGCCAGAUGACUUUUCAAUGAUGAUUACUUCUGUAUUUACUACUAAGGAGUCUAGCUUUGCACCUUGACUUUAUGCUGAUUCUCACAUGGGAGGAUUUUAACAGAUAUGAAAAACUUGAUUUUCCUAUAACUUUGCGCUAACCCUAACAGAUAUAAAAUAUUGACUUCUUUUUUUUUAAUUUUUAUAUUUAUUAGAUAUUUUAGAUAAGACGUACAGAAAAAACAAUAUCAAAAUGCAAUACUUUUGUAAUCACCAUAUGUCAUUAAUCCCAUUGUCUCUGUUGUUUAAACCCAAAUUAAACAAUCAAACUUAAUCCUGAGCCUCAUAAGUCAUAUCGUAUUGCAGCAUAUAUAAAUAGACAGACAAAAAAAAAAAGAAAAAAAAAAAAAAAAAAAAAAGACAAAAAGCGAUGGUCACAAGCCUUGAAAUAGUAAUCAAAAUAAGCAGAAAUAGGUUCCCAUUGGAGAUAUAUAUAUAUAUAUAUCUCUAUCUCUUUCAAUAUUUACAUCCUAGGUAUCCAAAUGUAUUAGCUCAUAGGAGGAGGGAGAGACGGCAUAGGCAGGAGUACCACCUCUUGGGGCAUAUAAUAACCCUAUCCAUAUAGUCUUCCAUCCAUAUUUAGUUAUUGGCAGGGGAUCCCUCUCCAUUUUUAAUUGAAAAUAAAUUUGUGGUUUUAGUUUUACCCACAUUGGGGGGUCCUUCUGUUGCCAGAGGUUAACAAUACAUUUUUUCGCAGCUAUCAGCGUAUGGGUAAAAAUAUUGACUUCUAAGAUGCCUAACAUUAAAAUACUUGCAUUACUUCGUGGAGUAUGGUCAUUUGUGGCAUGGAUUGGGGACUUUGAUUUUCGUACAUAGUGGUUUUCAGAUCAGGGAAAGAAAGAUAGAGCUACAAAUGAUAAGAUUUAGAACACAAAUCUGAAUAAUACUCUAAAGAUAAAUAUCAUUUUAUCUUAUCAAAAAUACAUUCUUUUAGGUUUUUGACCGAUCUCCGAAUAUAGUUUCUUCUUAUAUUUUUAUGUGAAUUAACGGACUGGAAAUAAGCCCAGUCUUUGCUUAAUUGUGGUAAUGUUUGAAUGCUAGACUUUAUUCCUGUUUCAUGGUACACCUUUAUGUAGGAUAUGAAUGAGUCAAUUCUUCCUACUUGACAAAAGGAUUUUCUGCAUUGUUUCAAUAACUUUUUAUUCUAGGUCUUGCAUCAUUUUUUAAUUUCUGUCACAUCAUGUUUGAACCUCUCCCUAAUAGUUAUUACUAAUUCAUGUGGCAUGUCAUCCCUAUUGUGAACUGGUUCUUGAGCUGUGUAGUCACAUGAUGUGAUUGUUUAAAAUAUGUGAUUUUACCUCCAUACUUUAACACUCAUCAUUAAUAUAAGUUAUAUCCGUGUUGGUGUGUUUUAUUUUCUUUUCUAUUUUGAAAUGUGCUAGAACAAAGCCAUCAUAAUUGGUAGAGUAUUGUGAAUGUUUAGCUUAAAAUGUGGCCUAAAGUUUCCAGACAUAUUUUCAGUAAUUAUGACAAACAAUUAAGAAUUUAAUGAAAAAGGAAUGUUACGUAUGGAUAAGGGGAAGGGAUGAGGGGAAACCCACUGCAAGAGCAGUGCUAAUUAAUGAGGGAGUUUAAUUGAUCUGCAAUUGCCUUAUGGACAGUCACGGUGAUAUUGCUAAGGAGCUUUUGUGAGUGGGUGGGGAUACUGUCAAUUGGUGAGACAAAAAAAAAAAGACUAGGGUAUCUGCUCAGUGGGUCUUUGUCAGGCUUAGCAAAUUGUUCCUAUGUUCAAAUGGUAUAAUGCAGGGAUAGGUCUAUCACAUGGGGAUAUAAGCAUGUUUGCGGCGGCAGUUCCUCCAAGAUAGUUCUGUAGUCAAUUUCUCCAUAACACUCGAACUAGAAUAUGAGAACUCCUGAAAACAGACACAAGCUUAGAGCAGAGGUAGGCAACCUAUGGCACUCGAGCUGCCUUUGCACGGCACUUAAGGCUGCUAGAGCCAAACAGGCUCUUGCCUAUCAGGAGUCCAGUGAAACUUCAGAUAUCUGCUAAUACAAAAAGGUGGUGAGGGACAUUCCUCAAUUUAUACAUUGCAGCACAUAGAGUAAUUGAUCUCCGAUCACUUAAUUGCAGCACUUGUAAAUGGCAAUCCACACUGGAGUAGAGCAGCCCGCAGCUGGCAUUUUGUAUCUGGACUGCCCUUAUGGGUGGGAUUAGUCUGAUAUGCCUUGGAACUGGUUCUCUCUGUAAUGGCACAAGUGAGGGAAAAACUAUUGACACCUGAGCGGAGAUUUAUCGAAGGGCAGCUACUGAGUUCCUGUAAGCUUUUGUAUGUGUGUGUGUUUUUUUUUCUUCAGAUUUUUGCUUUAAUAAAGAAGAUAUACACUUUUACCAACUUAGACUGUGUUUUCUAACGUAGUUCAAGGGUCUACUUUCCCCAUCUUGAAUAACUUUGCAGGGGUAAUUUUAACACACUGCUCCUGUGAAGUUGCUCAACCCAAGACCCUAGAAACUGCCUCCCAGAUGUCACCAUAUAUCUUACCAAAGCCACUUUGAGUCCUAGAAAGUGACUAAGGACUCUUUUCAACUUUUUUUUUUUUUUUUUUUAAAUCAUCAUGUGUUACAUAUGUUUAGAUUAAUUUUGACCGGAUUGCUUUAGUGGUUUCCCACUUCUAGGAACACAAGGGGCACAUCGAAACUGUAACUGUUGAGGAUCAUUACUUACGGAGUAGUGACACUUAAUCUUUAAAUUUGUGCAAAGUCAAAACGUAUUGCAGAUCUUUGUGCCUUCUUUUUGGAGUAAGGGUGAAAUUGGCACAUUUUACCUUUUUUAUAGAUCCUUUUUCUUCACAGUUUGAUUUUUAAGAGCUGCACAUCAUAACUGUAACUUUUGUACAGCAAUGAGAUUGUUCAGAAACUUGAGUUAGUUUAGGAAUAGUGAUGUCCCGAACGGUUCGCCGCGGACAGAAAACAUAAACUUUGACCCUGUACCUCACAAUCAGCAGACCCAUUCCAGCCAAUCAGCAGCAGACCCUCCCUCCCAGGCCCUCCCACCUCCUGGACAGCAUCCAUUUUACAUUCAUUGUGAAGCUGCAUUCUUAGUGAGUUGUCCAGGAGGUGGGAGGGCCUGGGAGUGAGGGUCUGCUGCUGACUGGCUGGAAUGUGACUGUGAGGUACAGGGUCAAAGUUUAUGUUUAUGUUCGCUGUCCGCGGCGAACCGUUCGGGACAUCACUAUUUAGGAACCAUAUAUGCAGAACCGGCAUUGCUAACAAUGAGAAAUUGAAAAAUUGACUAGAGCACAGUUUACCUCUUUGCCUUGUGUGAAUUACGUAUCCAUUUAUUGCAGAGCCAUUCUUCAUUGUAUUUUGGUGUCUACAUUGUUAAAUGUAAAAUAAAAGUCUAUUCAUGUUUUAACUAGAUAUAUAAUUUUCCCUCCAGGAUGAAUGUUUGUAUAAUUCUAAAUGCCUACUCUUAAUCCCUCUGGCUAAAAAUGCUAAAUUAUAAGUAAAUUGGGCUAUUAUAAAACUCCUCUAUGGAAAGAUAAUCUGUAUUCUCAAUCUCCAUUAUAGGAGAUGUUGUGUUUAAAGCAUGCAGAUGAGACUUUGUUACUUACAUGAAAGUUUACAAUAGAACCAAAACUUACAAUAAAAUGUAUAGUUUGAAAUAUAUACAAAAAGUAUACACAGUAUAGGCAGAUCUGUAGGGGGGGUCUUUGCAUAUUUUUCAAAGACCCUCAAAAGUGGCAGAUCUGGUGUGAGUCCAUUUCUGCAGGGAAAGUAAGUUUCUCAUUAGCCUCAAGCUGUCCCCCGUGGCCAUAGCCAUCUUGAUCUUGCAGAUACCCUUCAACUCCAGCUUCAGGAGUCGCAUCAGUGCUGUAACACUGAGAUCUAUGGAGAAUCCUGUGAGACCGCAGGAGCCUCCAUAGCUCGAUGACUGAAUCCCACAGCCAUCACGUGUGACGGCUGCUGGGAUGGAGCAAAAAUAUACCAUAGAGUUCUGCCUUUUCUUUGAAACUGCUAUGUUUACCUCUGAAGGGUUAAACCUUGGGGGACUUGGCACCCAGACCACUUCAUUGAGCUCAAGUGGUCUGGGUGACUGUAGUGGUACUUUAAGUUUUAAUAAAAUUGAUAUGUUAUAUGAAAUGUUUGAAGAAACACUCCACACAAAGCAUUUCAACUUAGUGAAGUGCUUUAUAUGUCUGGAGUCUGUCAUAUUAAUGACUGUUUAUAAAAUUGCAGAUUUCAAUAGAAAUCUUAAUUUUUAUAAUUGGAGGCAGAAACUACUCCAUGGCUGUUACUCCGAUAAUCAGGGAGGUUUUCUACCUCUUCCAUUGGCUCCAGGGAGCAAACAGAAUUGGCAGUCGUUAGGGGCUAGUGCGUACCUACUCCCACUUUAAAUGAGUGGUUUUACUGGUUCUUGAGAAGCAUAGGAAAGCUGUUGAAGUAUUUAAAAAAAAAAAAAAAAAGUUCUACUAUUAGUAAACGAUAUGUCUGCCCUAUUAUUUGGCCAAAUGUUAUCUGCAAUCCCUCUAAAGGGUAAUUCCAGAGCAACAUUUGGUGCAGUUGUGGCCAUGUGGUAACCUCAGCAUGUGCAAGUUAUUUACAAGUGUUCUUUGCAUGUCCAGUGCCUGUUUGUAACUGUGUCAUGUUGGCGUGCAUAUGUGUUGGCACCGUUUAUGUACAAGGAAAAUCCCCCUGAGACACAUGUAUCAGACACAAAAUCCAAUGUUGCAGUGUGCGUUGCGGACAUGAAUCCUUCAGCCACCAUAGUCCCUUUAAAAGCAGAGUGAACUAUUCUUGGUUUUUAUUUUAAUAGAGAGCUGACAUCAAAUUUGUUUAGUGCAGCAUUUUGUACAAUAAUUCACAGUGCCCUCGAUUAGAGGAUACCACAGAAAUGUCCUUUAGAAAGGUUAGAACCAAAACAUCUAACUUAAAAAAAAAAAAAAGAAAAUUUCCCUUCCACUUGCACAAUCAGACUUCAUUCACCCUCUUAUUUUCAUCGGUUUCCAAGUUGCAUGAAGUAAAUGCUGAGCCUCGGGGUUGACGCCUCAUUUGAGGCUUUUUGGCAUAAGCACAGCUAGAAUCAGGAUUACAUUUUGUUAGUCGUCCACUUAGUUUCUGUCUGAGGGUUUUUUGUGUAAACCUGAAUAAAAACGGUUUGUCGUUUUCACAACAAUUUAAAGUAAAUCUCUUAAGAAUGAGUGCUACUGUUCCCCAAGCAGGAAUGUAACCUAAAAAAAGCAUUAACCAAACAAAACCUAUUACAAACCACUUUUACGUGCAUUAGUUUUCAAUGAACGUAAUAUUUUCUGAUACUUAAAGGGACAGUUCAGAUUGAAAGAGAGUUCCCAUUUUAAUUAUGCUUUACAUGGAUUAUACUGUAUAGAAAUAGGUAGAAAGCCACAGGUUUCACAGUGUAGGGUGAAGAAUCAAAUGAACUUAUUAUAUCCAAAGGACAAAACAAGGACACAACGUUUCAGCCAUGAGGCCUGAAUCCUCUAUACUGCAGAGUGAGCACACACUAUGUGGUUUCUUAAAGCUUUUAUCUCCAUGUUUGUCAAUCUGUAUAGCUCUUGAUAUUUUCCAGGCAUUAGAUGUACAAGCAGAUAGCAGGGAGAUGUUGAUUAACCCAUUAUCUGCAAUCGGCCGUUAUGUGUGCCCCGGGCUUUAUUAGUAGAGCUGGUAGAUUUUCUUGCUCAAGUUAGGACUAUGUUUGUUUUUAAUUUGAAAAGCUGUUCAGUUUUGCACAAGUGAAUAAUUUUUGGUUGUUGUUUAUUAUAUGCCUACAAAGUGUCCCAGAUCCAGCAAAACUUCUACACUUCAUGUUUUUGGGGCGUUUCUUUGGUCUCCCCAAGAUCAUCCAUACUAUGGGCAAACACUGCUGUCAAAUGACACAUACUGAUAUUCCCCUGUGACACAAUGUACAGUGCUAAGCACAAAUAGGAAAAGGCUGUAACAUCAAUAAUGUAAGAACAAUGUGGUAUCCUAUAGAGCAGUGAUGGCGAACCUUUUUGAGCCCGAGUGCCCAAACCGCAAUACAUGCCAACUUUUUUUUUCCUUAAAGUGCCAACACGGCAAGUUAACCUCAAUACUGAGGUUUAUUUAGAAAAAACAACUCGUACUGUUGUCCGAACUAAUUAACAACUUUUGUUUUAAAAGAACACAACAGAGAGUUCAAUGAUACAAAUUUUAAAUAAUGAUAUAAAUAGAUAAAAUUAGGCUUAUAUUUAUUAGUAUCUCCAACAAAUGCAAUACAUACACACACACAGACUGCUGAAUACAUACACACAAGACUGCUGAAUACAGAGACUGAUGAAUACACAUACAGACAGACUGGUGAAUACAUACACACAAGACUGAUGAAUACAGAGACUGAAUACACACACACACACAGUCUGCUGAAUACACAUACAGACAGACUGCUGAAUACAUGUGUGUGAGGGGUUGCUGUGUGUGUGUGUGUGUGUGUGUGAGGGGUGCUGGGCUGGGGUAAGGGUGCUGUGUGUGUUGUGAGGGGGGGAGUAGGGGUGCUAUGUGUGGGGGGGUAGGGGUGGGGAGGGAUGCUGGGUGGAGGGGAGCUGGGUGUGGGGGAGGGAUGCUGUGUGGGGGUUGGGGUACUGUGUGUGGGGCUGGGGUAAAGGUGUUUUAAAAAAAAAAGUAUGCUAAAUCAGUAUUCCCCCCCCCUCCUUCUUACCUUUAAUGUGCGAAGCAGCUCCACAAAGCUUGCUCGCAGGAGGACAGGGGAGCUGCUUCACAGAUCCCUCCCCCUGCCUACCGACACAGAAGCAGAGUAGGCGCCUGCCGUUUUGGGCAGGCAGGUGCCAACUCUGCAUUGAUGGUGAACCUAUGGCCGCGUGCCCACGAAAAGGGCCCGGCAUGCCACAGGUUCGCCAUCACUGCUAUAGAGGCUUCCCUAUCAUGCCAGAAAAGUGUGUCUGUGUAUUAAUAUUACAAUAUUAAAACAUAAACUUAGAUACUUUACUUUGUAAACACACACAAUAAAUAAUAAAUACACAGUGAAAGAGACUUAAACCACUUUGUCCCUUGAUAAAGGCUCCACUUCGGGUGCCAAAACGUUGGGGGUAUAGGAAUACUUGUGUCCAGCUAUUUUAAGUAAGUGGUUGUGUAUUUGUUUUGCUUAUGUUUUUUUAUUAUUUUUAUUUUAUUGAUUUUUAUUAUUGUGUUGGUUUGUUUACAUAAUAAAGUAUCUAAGUUGUGUUUUAACCCUUAAGGACGGCGGGCGUUCUAUGCCGUCGUUUUUGGGGUGGCUCUAAACGCCGUAGAGCGGCAUAGAACGUCCCCGCCGUUCCCACGCUGGCGAUCCCAAUACUGGGGUCUGCCUGGGAGCUCAAGCAGACCCUCACUGCCCGAUCCUGCCAUCCUCUGCCAUGUGAUCGCGGGGUCCUCACGAUCACAUGGAAGGAAUAGGAGGCUUAUGCAGUGCCUGCAGAGGGACUGCCUGAGCUCUCAGGCUGUCCCCCUAAUGCCUGCAAAAAAGGUUAUAAAAGUUAAUAAGUUUAAUAACGUAAAUAAAAGUACAUGGAGUGUGUGUGUGUGUGUGUGUAUAUAUAUGUGUGUGUGUAUAUAUGUGUGUGUGUAUAUAUGUGUGUGUGUGUGUGUGUGUGUAUAUAUAUAUAUAUAUAUAUAUAUAUAUUCAUAUUUCAUGUACUUUUAUUUACGUUAUUAAACUUAUUAACUUUUAUAACCUUAUAUAUUUGUGUAUGUGUGUGUGUGUGUGUAUGUAUAUAUAUAUAUAUAUAUAUAUAUAUAUAUAUAUAUAUAUAUAUAUAUAUAUAUAUAUAUAUAUUAUACACACACACAUGAUCUAAGUACUUUUAUAUUAUACAUAAACCAUUAUUCUAAGUAGAUUUUAAUGUGUGUGUGUGUGUGUGUGUGUAUGUAUAAAUAUAUAUAAAGUCCAUGGUAAAAGAUCGACGUUUCAGUUUGCAACCUAAACUUUCAUCAGGAUACGAGGUACGAGAAUAAUCGGGGUGUUUUUUUUGUUUUUGUUUCUUUUUUAUUAACUUACCUGCUAUAGAAAUCUGUGAUUCCCACUAAAGGGCGUAGAGGGGGAAAGAAAAAAGAAAAGGUAAGGGCUGCGCCAGAGGAAACUAAAAUAACAAAUAGUUCAGUGAUAUAUAAAAAUAUAAAUAUAAGAAAGUCUUAUCUAAAAUAGCCUUGUCGUAAUCAUACAGUUUGUACGGGCUUGAUCCAGAACGGUGGUGCUUGGGAUAAUCCUCAGUGGGAAUCCGUAGGUAUAUGUAAAAUAAACGCGAAACACGUUUAUGGAUAUUAUUCUGUGUAUUUUUAUAUAUUAAAAGUUUAUUUGGUUACUCUCUAUUUGUGCCAUAUAUCUUUUUAUACACAUUUAUUUUGUGACCUGGCAUCCUCUCUACAUCCCGGACUCCAAGCAAUCCCAGGUGGGGAUCAUACCACCAGCACCUACGUUUAGGAGCAGUUGUUCUGCUCCCGUCUUGUGAGUACCUAUUUUUAAGUUAUUUUAUUUUAUAUCAAUACCCAGUGUACACUAUUGGCUGUCUCUUUUUAUCCGAGUACUGGACACACCGUCAACGGAGGAAGCUCACCGUACAUCCUGUAAGCGGGGAUCAAACCGCUGUACGCCUUCUAUACCGGAGCGAGUUUUACGCUCUUGCAAAUGUGAGUUUUAUUUCAACUUUUUAUUAUCCUUUCAGUUCUAAGCAUAUUGCACUAUUUGGGUCUCUAUUUUUAUUUUAUUUUACAUAUACCUACGGAUUCCCACUGAGGAUUAUCCCAAGCACCACCGUUCUGGAUCAAGCCCGUACAAACUGUAUGAUUACAAGACUAUUUUAGAUAAGACUUUCUUAUAUUUUUAUAUAUCACUGGAAUAUUUAUUUUAGUUUCCUCUGGCGCAGCCCUUACCUUUUUUCAGUUCUAUUCCUAAGGGUUCUUUGAGGGAUUCCCUUAUAGGGUUGCUGCCCAUAUAUUAGUUAGCGCUUACUCAUUGUUUUAUCUUGUAGAGGGGGAAAGGCCUAUACCUAAUGAUAACAAAGAUGAGUCUGUAUAUGUUAUGCUAUUAGGGUUUUUAGAAUUGGAACUCAACUGCAGCUUGUAGAACUCCUUAAUUACAAUAGUGAAGAAACGGAAAAUCUUUAAAUUAUCAAUACUGUAGCUUUAAGAAAAGAGAGGAUUGCUGGCAAUUAGAGAAUCAAACGAAGUUUAAAUGAUUGUGAUAAACUUAAGUGAAAAGCAUAUAGGUAAUAAUUCAAUAAGAAGAAAUUGCUGGUUAUAGCAAACAAUACAAAGUAUUUCCUCAGAGAUGUAUUGAAUAAUAUUCUUUAGGUUGAUAGGAAUAAUCUUCAAUAGAAAUAGUAUGCAGGUAGCAGAGAAUAUUUGCAAGGCAAGAAACAGUUCAUAGUGGUUAAGCUUGAUGGUAGUUAUCCUCAAUAUAAUUAGUGUGUAUGCAGCAGAGAGGAUUUGAGCAAGCAAGAAACAGUUCAUUAAUAACUGAGAUUCCAGAUAAUAAAUUGGAAGUUAUACUUAAGAUUAAUGUGAGUUGUCCUCCAAGAGAUCAGUAUUAGAGUCCACUUGUUAAAUGGUAAAGUGUCCGUUCUCUAGUAAUCCUCUAGCGCAUGAAGCAUAAUCCUUUUAUCUUCAAAGGUUUAGGAGGGCUUGUGAGAGAAGCUUGUGGAGCCGGCGUCUAUACCCGGAAGUAGGUCCCACAAUCACCAAGCGCUUUCUCUCUGGCGCGGUCUCUCUAAAAAAACAAGACCGCCUACUUACUGAAAUAGGAUGCUGCUCUAAAUUUCAACCUCGAAAUCUGUAAAAUACGAUUAGACAUGACUCCUAUACGUUAGCAGGUAACCGUAGAUCAUGCAGAAAAGCAUAUGUAAAACAUGCCCAAGGCGUAUUGACUAUCGUAACCCUUCUUGUAAUUAGCAUAUCAAAGGUAAUAACUGUUUUUAGAAUUGAGAACAAGAUCAAAGAGCUAUUAUAGAGAGAAGUAAUAUAGAACCAGCUAUCCCCUAAACAAUAAUGAUCACCGUAUUUUAGAUACUUAUAAAGUGCUUACUAAAACUGUAACAUGACAUUACAUUCUUAAUCCAGAAAUAUAAAUGUUCAAACACCUAAAUAAAAGAAAACGCAUUGUGUCAACCAACAGUUUAACCUACUAUGAGAGUCUCUAUUCCCAUACAACAGUAAGCACAACUAUACCAAAUGUAAUAUUUAGUGCUGAAUGCUAGAAGGCCACAAGCCAAACCUGUUUAUGCUGUUCGUGCCGACCAUGAAACCAUGGCAAGGUAUUGAGUAAUAUGCCAAGCUUUUGUAAGAGCAAAGGCGCGAACGUACUGGAAUUGUUUAGCCUUAACUUGUGACCCUAGGCGAGGAUUCGUUUGUAAAUGAACAAACCCCACUCGAACCCCCCCUUUCACUGCAAAUGAAGUGAGGGACACAAACGCUCUAUACGGCAACAGAGCUUUCGUGUCUGUCUACCCAUAACAACGUGCGACCGCAGUCGAGUGACAAAAUACCGUUCAUAUGAACAGGCCACACAGGGGAGGCAGAAAGCCAUCAAACAGAUAACUUAAACAUUUCAAAAGUGAAAGGAUCAAACCAUGAGAACGCCAAUGGAGGGCGCUGGCUCGACUGUCAGCCCACAGGGUCGGAGGUCAGGCAGGAGCUUCAGGUUCUGAGUAGCAGCGAACAGGGGGAUCCAGACAGCAGGAGACAGAAGCUUUCAACGAAAGGUAGUAGCGAGAUGGUUUGUGGUAAAUGUUUUUUUUUAUUUAUUUUUUUAUUUCACUUGCAAAUUUAUAGCGUACAUAGAACAGGUUUGAGCAAGUACUGCAUCAUUGCCUACGCAGAGGCUCUGUAAGUCUAGCAAGCAUAGUGGUGCAUAAGCCUAUGCAGAGGCUACGGAAAGCAUUACAUUGCAGUAUCAUAGGCUUGUGUGUAGGGAGCAUGCAAUUAACGGGUCUCUUUGAUGAAUAGCCUAUUUCUUAAUAAAACAUAGAUAACCAAACGUAAAACAAACGUCCAAUGUGUGGGGGUUACAUACUGGUGAUUAAACAUUUGUAGGAAAGCGUAGCCGUCUGGGGCGUGGGCAUACGGGCUUGGUCCCUUUUAAGGGUGGUGAAGCAAGCCGAGGUAUCACUUCAGUCUGGUGUUUUGCACCGUUUGAGUUGGCUUGGGGGAUCUGAAUAUCGGCUGUGCUAUCCAUCCAGGUGUUUCAUUUGUCCCGUGUAAUUGACUUCAUUUCUGUAGGUAUUGGCACACGGGGUGUUCCUGGGUAGAAACCCCCGUGGGUAGGUACCUGUAUUGGGAUGUGUGGGUCUCAGGGUCAAACCUGUAGAGUCCUGUCUAGAUUACUAUGUGAUUGGGAGGAAUUUAUUUGUGUGUGUGUGAUUCCUAAGCGUCUCAAUGCCGUGGUCGCCACGGGUUUAGUCGUCUGAAACUAUGGUAUGCGGUGUAGUUAGGGUGUGUUCCCGUAUUGGUGAGUAUAGGGUGGUCGUUUCUGGCUUGGUGGGAGCCUAUCUGUGCCAGGAAUGUCGGGGAGUAAUGUGUCUGCGUGGGUGCAAUUCAUGUGUCAACUCCCUUGUCGAAGGGGGGGGUCGAAAAAAAACAAGGUUAGUCCUAUUGUGUGUCGGUUUCCCCUUAGAUGCCCUAUGAGGUGUGUCUCGAUGUCCAGACGGGUCGUUUUCCGUCUGUGUGUUGUCGUCAUGUAGGUCACAGAAAGUUGGGUAAGACCUGGUUCGGGUGCGUUGCUGUGAGUAGACGUAGGUAUUUUUCCUCGUCUCGGGGUGGUGGUGUUGUGUAGGUUUUUUCCAGGUGAAGUGGCGAAAUGGCGGUUUGUAUCAGCGUGCAGAUUGCCAGACCAAUCACGGUAGAGUAGGCCAGGGAGGGGGUUCCCUUAUAUAGGUCCCAUAUGCCCCUCCCACAUCUCCAGGCAAAACCUGAACAUAUAUAAAAUAAAAGUAAUCCAUAAAUAAAUUUUUUAAAAUGAAGAAAAGAAAAUAAAAAAAAUAAAUAAUAUAGCGGUUUUAAUUUGUUCUGACUGUAUUUUGAUAGUAAUAUAAAUAUAUUAAAUUUAAAACAACGAUAUAUAUACUCAAGGUAUAUAUAUAUAUAUAAUAUAAUAUCUCUAGUCUGUCCUUGCAUUUAGGCUAAAAAUUACCUUUCUAUUUGUAAAAUGCCGGGUGCCAGUCCUGGGGCUUUAACAUGCAAAGCAGAAACAAAUGGACUGCACUCACGGUCUUCCUUAGUAAAGUUUUGUUUAUUCCAACAUGUAGAUCAAUGUUUCAGUCUGCUUGAGGACUUUCCGUAGGAUCAAAUAAUACAAUACUAAUAAAACAGUGACAGAAUAUAUAGCCAUAAUAAUUAAGAAAAAUGAUUAUGCUUCACGGGCAUGCGCGUUGAGCACAUAGAGACGCUGGGAGUGACACUAAUCACCUGGGGUAAGUAAUUUUUCUUAAUUAUUAAUGCUAUAUAUUCUGUCACUGUUUUAUUAGUAUUCUUUUAUUUGAUCCUGAUGAUGAAAGUCCUUAAGCGGACUGAAACAUUGAUCUACAUCUACAUGUUGGAAUAAAGAAAACUGUACUAAGGAAGUUAGUGCAGCCCAUUUGUUUUUGCUUUAAUUUUUUAUAUAUAUAAAAAAUUAUAGUGGGUAUAUAUUUAAAUUCUACAAAUAUAUGUAUAUAAUAUUUUAUUUAUUAAUUACAAUCUGAGCGACCUUGCCGACAACCCAGGCAGAAAGUCCCGAGAAUUUGGCUCGCAAGCCCUAUAUUUAACCCUGUAACUUUCCAGGACACCAUAAAACCUGUAUAUAGGGGGUACUGUUUUACUCGGGAGACUUCGCUGGACACAAAAGUUAUGGAGUCAAAUAUAAGGCUUGAAUUUCCUUUUUUUUUUUACGUUGAAAUUUGCCCUGUAGGUUAUGUUGCCUUUGAGACAGUAUGGAAGCCCAGGAAUGAGAAUUACCCCCAUGAUUGCAUACCAUUUGCAAAAGUAGACAACUCAAGGUAUUACAAAUGGAGUAUGUCCAGUCUUUUUUAGUAGCCACUUAGUCACAAACACUGUCCAAAAUUACCUUGGGUUGUCUACGUUUGAAAAUGGUAUGCCAUCAUGGAGGUAAUUUUCAUUCCUGGGCUACCAUUUGGUCUCAAAGGCAAAAUAACCAGUCUGGCAAAUUUCAAUGUGUAUAAACUGAAAAAUGUAAUGUGCUGUAUUUGACCCUGUUACUUUCCAAAACACUGUGUACAUUGAGGGUACUGUUUUACACGUGAGACAUCGCUGAAUACAAAUAUGUGUAUUUUAUUGCAGUAACAGCUAACAGUAUUGUUACAUUCACAGUUAAAAUGCCAUGCAAAACUAAAAAAAAUCACAAUAUCUCAAUUUCUUUAUAUUCAUAUUAAGUUAUGUUUAAUAUACAAAUAUUUGAUGUGACUGUUUCUCCUGAACAAAAUUUAUAUAAGUGUGGGUGCACAUAAUAUGAAAGAGGUGAAUUACGCCUGAACAGACAUAGAGCGCAAAUUCAAGGUUUUGUUUUGAUCACAACUUGAACUACUGCCUCAGUCCUUAAGGGGUUAAUAUUGUUGUCUGCAUCCAUUUGUACAUAUACUGCAUACAUUACGGUCAUUGAUUAUUCCCCCUAUUCCUGUUGCAUUAGGGCUAAAUUCCAGAAAAGUAUGAUAUUGCUGGUUUAGAAGAUAGUUUGUUUGGAAGCAGGCUGUUAGAACAUCCAGCAAGAUAUUCGAUAACCUUUUCACGACAAGAUAUGUUAGAACUGUCAUGGAGUGAACCCUCUGACAUAAACAGAUUAACAGUAUUUGCUAUUGUCCAAGGGUAUUCUAAGGUAUUGUUAUAGUGCAAGUGUUUGUAAGUGGAGGAUUGACUGUCUGUUAUACCUGUGUGUGUGGGUUGAACUUUACCUUUUAAACUUUUAACUUAACACGCAUAAUUAGAUACUUUUUGCCAUUAGAUGACCACUUUGUUAUUCAUCAUAAAGAUCUUUGGCUGUCAUGGGGCUAUAUAUAGCUGCAGUGCAAUAAAAUUACAACAAUUGUGUUUGUAAAUGUGACGGCUACAGUACAGCUUAAUGGACAUCUGUUCUGUGUAACGUAGAAGAGUAAUCAGCUUCCAGACUUAUGACCAUGCGUGCACUAAUGACCAAAGUCUUUUGGACAUGCUGUACGCUCUUAUUUAAAAUUGUACAUUGAGCCCUUUAGUGACUGGCUUGUUUUGGUUUUGUUUUUUUGCGCUUUCUCUAUUGUUUUUUUUUCAAUGUAUAAACCAGAUUUUCCUUCCAUACCCUAGUUUAAUAUGCAUAGCACAACGCUACUAUAUUUUUACUAGCACGCACAUAUUUCAAAACUGCUGCACAAAAGCAUAUAUUUAUUGAAAUGUGAUCCUCCUGGGGUAUUUCAGUGACAGCAGUUUAACACUUUAUGUAAUUGUUUUAUCACUAUUCUAUGCAAAACUGCUGGUUAUAUUUAAUUUUUUAUGUUUUUUUUUUUUUACACAAUUGUUUCAUUUUCAAGGGACAUUUCGCGGACUGUAGGUAUUCAACCACUGUAAAGAUGCCAGAUUUGUAUUUCGCUACUGACUCAAAGUACAACAUUUUGCCAAAUUUGCCAAAGAUUCAGAUUACAGGCAUGACAUUCUUAGUUUUCAAAUUUGAUAAUUUGGUUACCGGGCCCAUGUCACUUUAGGGACAACAUCUAUCUUCCUGCUUUAUGUGUCGUCAGUGAUAUGUGCCCGAUAGAUGGAAUUGAAUCAUUAUUUUCAAUGUAAUGUUUAUGUAUGGGUUUCAGUAUUCUAACUGUAAAUUUUCUGCUUCUGAUGAGCCUUUAAUGGAGUCUUUUUAAUCCCAAUAAAGAUAAUCGGCUCUAAUUUAAUUGAGCCUAUAGUUAAUAGUUUGUGAAUAUAGCUCUACCUGGUCAGGGAAUGCCCAUAACUAAUUUUGUACAAUAUAGCAUUCACUUAACCAUUCACAUGAGAGGAUGUAGCGCAAUGUGUUUUUCUGAAUUAAACAUUGUUUAAAAUGAAGUUUCUGAGUGCAGCAUUUUUUUCAUAAUUCAGGAUUCCUGGACUGUGAAGUAAAUUGUUUCUCUCACUGAUCCUAGGGAUUAAACCAUGUUACAGUUUGUUUCUUUAAACACCAAGUCCUGCUUUGUUUGAACAUUAAUCAUCACACAUAUGGUGCUAGGUGUAGUGUGAUGGACAUAAGUGGCAACAUAUGGCCAUUGGCCCACGAGUAAUAUGUAGUGCUUACAAAUAUAGUUCAGUGUUAAGACAUUUGAUCUCGGUUACGGCCUACUUUCUAGUUUAACAACGUGCAAAUGUAUUCGUAGAAUAUAGUAUGUUAUGAUACGUGCUAACUGCAUUUUGUCAUAUUUCUGUGAAGCAUACAAACAUAAUGUAAGUAAUAAUGUAGAGUUGAUUGAUUGUAUUUUUAAAAAGCAAAUAUCCAACUAGAAUUGCUGGUAGUGUUUUUUAUUUGUUCUCUUUGUUUAUAUAUUCAGAACUUUGUUAAUUAACAUUAGCAGUGCGUGUGGGUACGGUACAGCGAGAGAUAAUUCUGAGAGUGCUCAUACAGAAUUUCUCUGUUAGAUACCCAAGGAGUACAAGCAGAAUGGGGGAGGCCUCAUGGGGGAUUGUAGCACUCGAAUCGCGGAAGCGCAGCAGACCUAAUUUAGUCUUUUCAUUACCUCUGUUGCUGUAUUCACACCAGUAAAAUAUGUAAUCAUCCUUUCUUCUUUGGAAGUGACGUUUUCUCUUUAAAGGGAUCCUAUAGUGCCAGGAAAACAAACCCGUUUUCCUGGCACUAUAUUCUCCUGGAGUGCCCGCCUCCCUCAUGUCCCCUCCCGCGGGGCUGAAGGGUUAAAACCUCUUCAGCCACUUGCCAGAAUCCAGCACCGAUGUCUGUCGGGCUGGGUCAGGCUCCGCUCAGGCUCAUCCCCCCGCUGACUUCGGGGGAGACCUAAUGCACAUGCUCGCCAAUGGCCACUCACGCAUUAGACCUCCCCAUAUUAUUCAGUGCUUUCCUAUGGGGAAAAUCUGACGUCCAGCAUCAGAUAACGGACCAAGUGGCUAUAAGGCAGACUGAGAGCUGCAAUGGAAACCCUCUAGUGGCUGUAAGGCAGACUGAGAGCUGCAAUGGAAACUAAGUGCAAAAGGGACACCGCACCCAGACCACUUCAAUUAGCUGAAGUGGUCUGGGUGCCUACAGUAUCUCUUUAAGUCACAGAAAUAGUCCUGAAAAUUUUUUUUAGCAGUAACUAUUGGUAAAAAUCACCUGUACUCACGUUUACAGCUUGAGUCUCGACCAUUGUUAUUUUAACUCUUGCUAGUGGUUAUGAAUAAAAACAAACAGAAAAGCGUAUUUGCAUGAAAAUUCUGCCACACUUUCUUCUCCUACCAAGACUUCUGUCAUAGAGGAUGUGGACAGAAAUUCAUGUUUGGUGACUGUGCCUAAUAAUUUGGGGGAUAAAUUGGUUAUUAAUAUCUUUACUAAAUUCAGAUCCCUGGUUGACAUAUUGGUACUGCCAUUAUAAAAUGUUGCAUCCACUUUAAGGAAAAUCUUCCUCCACACUCGGGGCCGGAUUAAGAGCACACUGGGCCUGGUGCUGACAAUUAUGAUGGGCCUAAUUACGGAAUCUUAUCGACCAAAAACACUAAAACAGUCCUACCUCCCAAGCGUCAUGUAUCUGAUGGAGAUGGUGCUGGAGGGAAACUCAUAGGAUGCAGCUAUAGGAAAACACAUACCCUAUGCUAAUCUCUCUCUAAUUUAUGCUUUCAUCUUUCAAGUAAAUCCAUAACCCCUAACAGCAGUGUUCAGUGAAGCAGGAAGUCAAUGGGCGGGGUAAAAGGUUGUGCCGCUGACACAAAUUACGUAACCUGCCAAAAGGGGAGAACAUGCCCAAAAUGCAUGUCAGGCUGCCCGCCAAUCCUACAGGCUGUCCAACUAAGGGCAUACUAUGCAGGCAGCACCUUGAGCUUGACAUAAAUGCAUCUAAUAAUGCGCUCACUUCGUGCUUUCUAAGGACUGUCCCCUAUCACUCGCUGGUCCACUUGUCUCCUUACCUUCUUACUAGCAGGCAGAAGGUCCUGGUAUAUAGUCUGAGACAGAGAAAAGGUGUAUGUAGUGAGUGUAGAAGAAAGGGGACAUGCCACAGUUUUAGAGAGAUCAGCGUCUGCAUUACCUAAACUAAUUUUAAUGUCAGCCAGUGCACACAAGUUUUGUUCCCAUACAUUCCUCUUAAGCUUCCAAACUUAAAGGGACACUAUAGUCACCAGAACAACUACAGCUUAUUGUAUUUGUUCUGGUAAGUAGAAUCAUUCCAUUCAGGCUUUUUGCAGUAAACACUGUCUUUUCAGAGAAAAUAACUCCACUGGCGCUCCUUAGAUGGCUGCUAGAGGUGCUUCCUGGGGCAGUACUGCCUAGUGUGCAGCACUGCCAUUCAGUGUCUCCACCCUCUGCAUGCAGACACUGAACUUUCCUCAUAGAGAUGCAUUGAUUCAAUUUAUCUUUAUGAGGAGAUGCUGAUUGGCCAGGGCUAUGUUGGACUUGUGCUGGCUCUGCCCCUGAUCUGCCUAGUUGACACUCUCAGCCAAUCUUAUGGGGAAGUUUUGUAAUUUGCUCAGACCACCACUUCUGAUGAUGUCAGCAGACAGUCAAUUCAGAGGCAGAGCCAGCAGCUGCAGACUUGAAUACAAGUUAUAUUUUACUAUACUUAGGGAGGCAAGAAGGGGCCAGGGUCUCAGUCUCGAAGUCACCCAGUGUCCCUAUGUGUCAUAGUGUCAGUGUCCCCAUGUCGCCCAGUCCCCUAGUCUCCCAGUGUCUGUGUCCUCAUUUCUCCCAGUGUCCCAAUGUCUCAUUGUGUCCCCUUGUCACUAGGAUACUGGGGAAACAGUGAGACAUGGGGACACUGAGAGACAUGGGGACACUGAGAGACUUGGAGACUAUGGGACUGGGCGACAUGGGGACACUGACACUGUGAUACAUAGGGACACUGAGACACUGGGUGACUUGCGAGAUUGAGACACUGGGAGCAAUCCAUCUAUACAGCAGAAUCAAACUGUGAGUAGUUUGUUGGUGAUUUUACAGAGAGACCCGGGGACACGGGGACACUGGGAGACAUGGGGACAUUGAGACAUUUUGGGAAACUGGGAGAAAUGGGGACACUGAGACACUAGGAGACAUGGGGACACUGAAACAUUUUUGGACACUAAGACACUAGGGACACAGAGACAUGGGAACACAGACACUGGGAGACAGGGGGACACUGGCUGGGAGACAAACACUUGGGGACACUGGGAGACAUGGGGACAGUUGUGGACAUAGACAUGGGGACACUGGGACAUAUAGGGACACUGGGAGACAUGGGGACACUAGGCACACUGAGACACUAGGAACACAGACACUGGGAGACAAGGGGACACUGAAACAUUUAGGGGACACUAAGACACUAGGGACACAGAGACAUGGGGACACUGGGAGACUAUGGGACACAGACACUGGGAGACUUGGGGACAGUUGUGGACAUAGACACUGGGACAUAUAGGGACACUAGGCACAAUGAGAGACAUGGGGCACAGACACUGGGAGACUUAGGGACACUGAGACACUACUGACACUGGAUAGGGGACAUGGGGACACUGGGAGAAAUGGGGACAUAGUGUCUCCGUGUCCCAAUGUCUCAGUGUCUCCCAAUGUCCCUAUGUCUCACAGCAUCCCCAUGUGUCUCAGCAUCCCCAUGUGUCCCAGUGUCCCCUAGUGUCUCAGUGUCCCCAUGUUUUCCAGUGUCCCCAAGUGUCUCAGUGUUUCCAGGCCUCCCAGUGUCUGUGCCCCCAUGUGUCCGAGUGUCUUAGUGUCCCCUAGUUUCUGUGUCCCCAUGUGUCUGUGUCCCCUAGUGUCUCAGUGUCCCCAUAUGUCCCCUAGUGUCUCAGUGUCCCCUAGUGUCUCAGUGUCCACAUGUGUCCCCUAGUGUCUCAGUGUCCCCAUGUCUCCCUGCUGCCUUUCCCCCAUCCCUCACCUGAGCUGUAGAGCUGCUUUCUGGACUCCCUGUGCUGUGUUGCUGCUCCCCCACGGAUCAGUGAGUAGCAGAGAGAGGCAGGGAGGGAUAUGCUGUAACUUCCUAUCCCUGCCUCUCUGCACACACAGUGACCCCUACUGGCAGAUGCUGGUAUUGCAGAGUAAUCUCCAUUUAUUCUGAGAAAAAUACCUGCAUUUGUAUUGCCGGUAUUACUGCGAUACCGACAUGGCCAGGCAGCCUCAAAUACCGGCUGUGCCAGUAAAAUACCAGUCAGGUGGCAAACCUAAGAGUAGUGUGUAAAAAAAAAAAAAAAAUUUUUUUAUUUUUUAAAUGGGCCUAUUUCAUGGGCCUGGGCCUGGAGCUGCAGCUCCAUCAGCCCCUAUGUUAAUCCGGCCCUGUCCACACUUCAUUUUUUUCAACCUGUGGAUUGUCAUUCUUGCACUCAUUUUGAAAGUCCAACCAAACUAGUGGUGUCUGUGACUCCCCUUUGGCCAAUCACUAAAGGCCUUUGCAGUAUUCAUAUGGAAAAGAGCUAAAAUUGUGCCGCCCAGGAGUAGUGGGAGUUUGAGCUUCCCAUUUUGUAUGUUUUUAAGUGCUAGAAUUUCUGUUUUGCCUCUCCAUUCCUUACCUCUUAACUUAUUUUUCUCUGUAUAUCCUUCUUCCUACUCUGCAUGUUGUUUGAUAUAUGUUGAAGAAAACCUUUUGAAUUACCAUUAUCUUUGUUUCAUUAAUACUUGGCAUAGUAUGCCUAAUUUGCUUGUGUUUUAUUCAGUAAAGAUAAUGCCUUACAAAAGUUAGUUUCCCUUUAAAGAAUUAUUCAGGAACGUCAAUUUAUAUUUUUAUUUUUUUUAAAGAUGUUCUAGGUCAGCAUCGGCAACCUUCGGCACUCUAGAUGUUUUGGACUACACCUUCCAUGAUGCUUUGUCAGCAUUAUGGGUGUAAGAGCAUUAUGGGGGAUGUAAUUCACAACAUCUGGAGUGUCGAAGGUUGCCUAUCCCUGGUCUAGGAGAUUAGUAUUGCUGACUUCUUAUCUUUCCUUUGCACAAAUUGCAUUGAUCAGUGGGUGGCUGUGCUAGUGGUUCCUGUAGUAAUCUUUCUGCCUUUCCUUGCAUGUGUAGAUUAUCCUAUUCUGCCAGAUGGAAAUACAGAAUUCUGUUCACCCCUGUAGUCAUCUAAAAGUUAUUUGUCAGCCUUUCUCAACUGUUAAUCUCUUUGCCAGUUUAAAAUUACGCCAAAACAAGGUAUAUCCCUAACAAGGUUAUUGCCUCAAACUUUUUUCCCAUUUAGAUUUCCCUAACUGCAACUCUGAACAGAAAAUCCUACUUAUUCAUAUUAUAAUGGCAGCCAAACUUAUAAUAACCAGAAAAUGGAAAGUUCAUGCAGCACCAUGCUAGUUUGAAAUAAAAAAUCUAAUUAUCAAAGACAGAUGGAAGAGCAUUCUGUAGAAAUUCUGGUAAACUUUCCCAACAUAACAAAAUAUGAGAAAAAUGGAUUACUCUAUCCUAAAAGAAUAAUAAAUAAUACCCUGAGAAACAGUCAUACAACAGAUACAAUAUAUACUGGCUUUAAUUGAAUAUAUCAUCUUAUUUUAAAGGAUCACUAUAGUGUCAGGAAAAAAAAACAAAGUGGUUUUCCGGACACUAUAGUGCCAUGAGGGUGCCCCCACCCUCAGGGUCCCGCUCCCGUGGGUCUGAAAGGGUUAAAACCACCUCAGCAGCUUACCUUAAUCCGAUGUCAGCGAAAGCUGAAUGCGCAUGCGCGGCAAGUGCCGCACACAGAUUCAAAGUGUCCAUAGGAAAGCAUUUCUCAAUGCUUUCCUAUGGACGCCCUGCGCGGUGGAGGCAUAAUAUGCCUCCAGCGUUGCAGAUGCGCCUCUAGUGACUGUCUGGUGACCACUAGAGGCUGGCUUAACCCCAAAUGUAAACAUAGCAGUUUCUCUGAAACUGCUAUGUUUGCAUCUGAAGGGUUAAAACCUGAGGGACCUGGCACCCAGACCACUUCAUUGAGCUGAAGUGGUCUGGGUGACUAUAGUGUCCCUUUAAGUAUGGCAGUAUACCCUCGUGAUCCUCAACCACAAUACUUUCUCUCAUCAUCCCUAAUUUCCCUCUCUGUUCAGUCUUUUUCUUUUUUUUUCUUUUUUGCAUGAAUGGAAGUAUGAAUGAAACAUUGGAGUAGGAUGAAACACUUUUAUUGAAUAACGCAAUCAGAUAUAUUAAAGGAACACUAUAGUCACCUGAACAACUUUAGCUUAAUGAAGCAGUUUUGGUGUAUAGAACAUGCUCCUGCAGCCUCACUGCUCAAUCCUCUGCCAUUUAGGAGUUAAAUUCCUUUGUUUAUGAACACUAGUCACACCUCACUGCAUGUGACUUGCACAGCCUUCCAUAAACACUUCCUGUAAAGAGAGCCCUAUUUAGGCUUUCUUUAUUGCAAGUUCUGUUUCAUUAAGAUUUUCUUAUCUCCUGCUAUGUUAAUAGCUUGCUAGACCCUGCAAGAGCCUCCUGUAUGUGAUUAAAGUUCAAUUUAGAGAUUGAGAUACAAUUAUUUAAGGUAAAUUACAUCUGUUUGAAAGUGAAACCAGUUUUUUUUUCAUGCAGGCUCUGUCAAUCAUAGCCAGGGGAGGUGUGGCUAGGGCUGCAUAAACAGAAACAAAGUGAUUUAACUCCUAAAUGACAGUGAAUUGAGCAGUGAAAUUGCAGGGGAAAGAUCUAUACACUAAAACUGCUUUAUUUAGCUAAAGUAAUUUAGGUGACUAUAGUGUUCCUUUAAUUCACAUUAUUACUCCAAUAAUAACCAUAUCUGUAAUUUAAAAUGUUGUCAACAUUUUGGUUUUGUUAUUGUAUUAAAUGUAUUAAUGUAUUGUCUCCAAAAUUUUAUAAAUAUUAAAUAUAAAAAGAAAAAAAAUAACACCACCAAAACAGGAUUUUUGCAAAUGUUUUGUGCAUAAUAAAAAGUUAAAACAAAGGAUUACAACAAGCACCACAACUACUACAUGCAUUUGUAUUGGUUAUGAUGCCAGGAGUACACUGGCCCCAUUUCAAAGUAUUGGGGUAAAUGGUUUUGCUUUUUUACCUGUCUCCAAAAGUCUUCCACUGUCCUAUUGUAGUCGGAAGUCAAUCCCACCGGCAAUUUAUGAAUGCAACUCUUGUUCUGGGUUUUGAAGGGCUAAGAUUAGUUAUUCCUUAAAUCAUGGGUCGUCAACCUGGUCCCUACCACCCACUCUUGGGCGUUUCAGGAUUCCAGGUGGGCGGUAGGGAUUUCGGUGGCACAACAAGCAAAAAUGCUAAAUCCUCCUUUUGAAAGAGUGGGCAGGCGCAAGUGCACACAUGAAAGUACGAACGUGCACACAAACGUGUAACACGUGGGAAGAGGAAGGGGAGCUGAUGCACAAUAGCAGGGACAGGCAGAAGUGGAGCAGAGCAGUUGUAAAAUAGGAGAAAGAAAAGUUUAUAGGCCGGACAAGGAGAGAAUUGUUGUUGGCUAACUAGCUCAGCCUCACUUUUGUACAUUGCCAUAAGGAAUGUAAAAGAAAAGCUUUAAAAAAAAAAAAGAGAUAAAAAGGAAAAGAUCAAAAUAAUAAAAAUACAAAAAGGAAGAAAAAUAGAAAAGGGGGAUAAAAUAAAGGAGGGGAGUCCUUGUAAAAAAGGAGAAAGAAGGAGCAGAGUACUUGUAAAAUAAGAGAAGGAGCAAAGUACUUGUAAAAAGCAGAAAGAAGGUGCAGAGUACUUGUGGAAUAGUAGAAAGAAGGAGCAGAUUACUUGUGGAAUAGAAGAAAGAAGGAACAGAGUACUUGUAGAAUAGAAGAAAGAAGGAACAGAGUACUUGUAGAAUAGAAGAAAGAAGGAACAGAGUACUUCUGGACUGGAAGAAAGAAGGAGCAGAGUAUUUUUAGAAUAGGAGAACGAAGGAGCAGAGUACUUGUAAAAAAGGAGAAAGAAGGAAAAUAAAAAAUAUAAAAAGGAGAUAAUUGUUGUUGACUAAUAAUAGUAAGUAGGCUACCUAGCUCAGCCUUCCUGCUGGGCAUUGCUAUAAGGAAGGUAAAAAAAAAUAGAAAAAAGGGGGAGGGGGAAUUGAGGAGGGGAGCUGAUGCACAGAUGAGAAAUCAUAUUAUGAGCUAACAGAGAAGUCUUCUGAAUAUCAUCGAAAGAGGAGACCUCGUUUGUUCCUUACGAAAAUCGAACCAGAUAUCAAAUAUUUAGUCUCUCAGCAUCAACCUCAAGGAUCUCAUUAAUCACUAGUAACGGUAAUUUCAAUUUACUUUAUUGUUUUCUCAUUAAACUUUAUAAAGUUAAACAUAUUAUAAACAUGCAUAAAGUAGAAAUAAAAAGAUAAAUGUACGUACAUUUUAUUUAUUUAUUUUUUUAAACACCCUCACUUGCGUGAAAAUUGGUGGACGGUAAGGACAUUUUUCCAUCAAGAAAAAUGCAUUAGUGGGAGGUAGGUAGAAAAAGGUUGACUACCCCUGCUUUAAAUAAUGGAUACCCAGCCAUGCUUUGGGACUAAGAUCAUGGGAAGUAUAGUUUACAUACACGCAAUGAAAAGUGACUUUUCACGUGGAGAAAUAAGCAGGUUGGCACUGGCAUGACUACAUCUCACUGCAUUAUUUUUAACCACCGACCCACCCGUGCACGGUGUGAGGCAAUACGGUCAUACAAUUUCCCUUCCUUGAUUAUUAGAGGGUGUUUGGAACAUCUGCACUUUUGUUAAUGAAAUGUAUAUAUUUUUACUGUGUAUAAAAAUAUAUACAUGCAGCCAGGAGGCCUGUUUCUGGCCAUGGUUAUAGGGCCAGAAAUGCACAGGUGCCCCUCCCAUGUAAGUAAUCAUAUUGUUUUAGAACAGUUCAACUACUUGCUUAGGGCCCACUUAGAGCUGCUCCCUACCUUUACAAGAGCCAGAAGCUUGCAGCUCUGAGCUAAGUCAAGUAUUUUCCAAUUAGCUGGCCUUGCACUGCAGGGGUUAGCUCGGGAAACUCACAGAAACUCCUGCUUAGGAGUGACCAGCUCUCCUGGAGGCUAAAGUGGGUAGUGUCUCCUUAAAAUGGUUUGACUACUUACUUCAGUUAUGGUGCUUGGAGUGUUCCUUUAAUUUGAGGGAGUGUCAUCUCAGUUGCAAAAGCCAAAAUUAUCCAUACAGGGCCAGAUAGUAUUGGCCACAAUUUAGCGAACAGAGCUGUUACAUAGCUGAAAAGAGACUUGCGUCCAUCAAGUUCAGCCUUCCUCACAUAUGUUUUUGUUGUUGAUUCAAAAGAAGGCAAAAAACCCAGUCCGAAACACUUCCAAUUUUGCAACAAACUAGGAAAAAAAUCCUACUUGACCCCAAAAUAGCAGUCAGAUGUCUCCUUGGAUCAAGCAGCUAUUACCCCACUAAUUAGAAAUUUAUAUCCCUGUAUGUUAUGUUUUUGGAAGUAUUUAUCCAAUUGCAGUUUAAACAUCUGUAUGGACUCUGAUAAAACCACCUCUUUGGGCAUACAAUUCCAUAUCUUUAUUGCUCUUGCUGUAAAAAAACAAAAACAAACAUUUUCUUUGCCUUAGAUUAAAUCUCUUUUCUUCCAGCCUAAAUUCAUGACCUCGUGUCCUAUGUAUAGCCCUGUUUAUGAAUAGAUUUUCAGAUAAUAGAUUUCCAGAUAAUGGUUUGUACUGGAACCUGUUAAUUUUGCAGAAUGAAUUAGAGGGACCUUAUAGUCACCAGAACAGCUACUGCUUAAUGCAGUUAUUCUGGUGUCUACUGCCUGUCCCUGCAGGAUUUUUAAGGUAAACACUUGUUUUCAGAUGUUGCUGCCUAGUAGCACCUCUAGUGGCAGUCACUAAGAUGGCCGCUUGAGGUGCUUCCUGGGUCAGUGCUGCACAAUGUUCCUUUUAAGAUGACCAUGUAGCUCUUUGAACACAGUUCAGUUGCUGGCAUUUUAGAACCGAAUACUGACAGAUGAACUUCUCCUGCCCAAACCUGUUGUUCCCUUAAAGCACAAUAUAUUGGAUUAGCUCGGCAGUACUGUAGUAAGCAUCAGUCACUAUCCUGGUUUGGUGCGAAUCCAUUGUCAAAGCUGCUUGGGAAGUUAUAGAGAAGUGUCAUCUAGGAGUUGUAUUAUUUUUCUAUUUACAGUUUUAUUUUAUUGUUUUGCAUAUAUUCUAAUGAAUAAUUUAUAUAAUGCACUACAAAAAUGAAAUCUCCAGAUUGUCCUCAGCCUUGAGUGUCCUUUCAAGUAAUACACAGAAUUUUUUUUAAGUUUCUACGUAUAUACAUUAACAUAAUGUCCAUUUAUGAUCUUUAGAAUACAGACGAAGGUAGCAGCUGUUCUAGUGCACCAAAAAAUUGACUUAAGGCAGUGUUUUGCCCAUGCACCUACCUGUUAAAUGGAGCAGAAAUGACUAAAAUUCAACUUUACGGCUGUGUUGGUUUGAAGUGCACUUUGGUCUAAAAGCAACAGUGUUAGACAUUCCAGCAUUUAGCAGGAAGGUAAAUCUUUCACCGUUUUAGGGUUCAUACAAGGCUGCCCUCUAAACCAAUUAUAAUGAUGGCCAAGACUUAAAGGUUAGCUCCAUUUCCGGUCUGCUCAGAAAACCUUGUUUUAUAGUUCUUUGGGAUAACUUUGUUUAAUCCAAAUUGUUCUGCAUUCAUUAACUGUGGUUACUGCCGUCUGUACCAUAUAGAUGUUUGUAUGUCACCACAGACCAUCAAUCAGAUAACUUUUUUUACUUGAAAUCAUCUUUUUAUUGGUUUCUAAUAUUAUCACUUGUCAUAGAAACCAUGGACCAUUUUUGCAAUGUACACAUGGUAGCCAGAUGUCCAUUAAUUUUUUCGAACUCUAUUUACACAUCCUGAAAGAGAUUUUAUGUGCUUGAAACUACUUUUUAUGCCUCAUGAUAGAAAAACAGUUUAAAAAUACUAAAUAAAAGCAUGUUUAAAUAUCACUAUACACUAUUUGCUUUUUCUUUUUUUUUCUGUGCAAAAACUGAAAUUUCAUUUAAAAAAAAAAAAAAAAAUGGUAGUGAGAAAGCUUUUUGUAACUUUGGAAAUGCCUACCAUCACUGUGACAGUAGUCACCAUCACUGGGAGCAGAAGGAUACUUUACAAUGGUUCCUAUGUCUGUCACUUUGUGCCCAUUAUAGGUGCAGGGUGUUUAUAGUGUGUGUGUGUGUGUGUGUGUGUGUGUGUGUGUGUACAUACUGUUAGAUGUUUUGCCUGCUCUCCUCUCCUGCUGAGGAUUGCUACCAACCAGGUGGAUUUGGAUAUGGAGCCUGUGUAGCGCCCUCUGUUGGCAGCACCAGCAAUAUGCACUAGCUGAAUAGCAAGGCUGGUUAAUUUGCAUAUUUGGGUAGAUUUGCAUAUUGCUAAUUCUGCUGGCAGGAGAGAUAUUUUGUGUUAAUUGUCUUCACCCCCCCCUUAUAAAUAUGUCAUAGUGUUAUAAUACGUUGCUGUAUGUUGUCUGCUAUGAUUUGUUUAUUACACGGUUCAUCCUGAAGAAGAGUUAUGGACACUUCCAUAACAGAUCCAUUGAUCAUUCAUGGACAUUCAACAUCUCAAAUUACUUAGUCGGUGAACAUGUUUUUCAAACUAUUAACCAAUACUUCAAAAGUUGUCAGAUUUUUUUUUUUUUUUUUUCUGACUAUUGAACAAGAUGUGAGAUUAACACAUACCAAUUUAGCCUCAGUCGAUAAUUUUUUGAAUUUAGCAGCAUUACUGGCAGAAAAAAUGGUUCUGCAGAGUACAGAUUGUGAUUGGUUUUGUAAAUUGUCAAGUGAUUCUGCUCAAAAGUCAGAAAAUGUUAUUUAUAGGUUAAAGAUGCUGGAAUCUAAUUUACCCCAUUUAUUGGAGUUGCUGUGUUUUUAUUAUAGAAGCUGCAGUUUAUUGUUUUGGUUCUUCAAUAAAUGCAGUGUGAUUCCACUUUCUAGAUUUAGAAACACUAAAAUAUCAACUGCUUUUAUCUAACUCUUGCCUAAAUGGACUAAAACACUCCAAAAUGCUUUCACGUUGAUUAAUUGCCUCCUAUAUGUAGGAUAUUGGACAUAUUAAUAACAACAAAUAAAGGCUUCCACCCAUCUUUAAGAUUUUAAACGAGUAACACGGAAUGCCAUGUGUAUUCCCUGGGCAUGUUGCUAUUUAUAAUCUCCUCCUAGGGAACUAAAUUGUCUCAAUCUAUCAUGCUGUGUACAGUCUGCUUGCUUGUAAUUUUUAACACAAUGUGCAGCUAUGUGAACAAAUGCUCGUUCUGUGACGUCAAGCCGUGCUUAUAAUUACCCUACACAUUCAGCUUUUGGAUUUCCUUAGCUGGUUUACAACACGCCAGCUUGUUCUUAGAUUGCAGGCUUGAGUUUUAUUGUUCAACAUAUAUUUCUUAUUUAUCGACACAGUUCAAGCUUCAUAAAUUUAUAUUUCUGGGCAAUCGGAGAAGGAAAAGAAUUUGCAAUGUGAAGAACAGUGCUAUUUAUUGUAACAUUCAUUUUUUAUUUUUUUUUAUUUUCUAGUGUUGCAGUCAAAUUCUGUCCUUGUAUUUAUCUGCUAGCUGGAUGAAUCACGUCUUUGUCCGUGUUACAAUCUCCAUUCUUCCUACAGUUUCCAACUUGUAUUUGAUAUACGUUGACGUAGGCUUGCUUGAGAAUCCAUCUAUAAUAAAUGUUUUUUUCCAUCCAAAUUUGCAAGAGUACUUGUUGCAUUUUAUUUUAUCUUCUCUGUCAAGGUCGUCGCAAAGAAUCAAACGUUAUACUACAUAAUUUGCACAAAUUGAGAACAUUUUAAUUUUACAAAAGCUUUUUGUUAAGACCUGCAGUGGUUAUGGUACUGCGGUUUUCUAUUCUUUUCCCAAUAGCUGAACAUAAGUGAGUAUAACUGCAGUUAGGAGGUAGAAGAAUAGUGCAGAUGAAUGCAGCUUCCAAGAUGAUUCUCCCCAGCAAGUAGAAUAUUCCCCAAACAUGAACCUAGACUUCAUGAAGGGUCUAACAGGAAUAACUUUUAUUGAUGCCACACUGGCUUUUAUGAGCAUCCCCCUGCAAGAGGACCUCCCACAGUAAACAAAGAGAAUAACAUAUCCAAAUUUCACCCAGAUCGGUUCAGGGGUUCUUAAAAACUAUGGAAGUCGGGGGCGGAGCUAAGCUGCCAUGCUGAGCGGUCGCACUGGAGAUGAGCUCCGUGCAAAAGCUCUGUAACGGCCAGAAUCAGGGCACAAACUCACCAAAUUGACAACUAGGCGACUUGGAGAAGGGAGCCCUAACACUGCAGAACCAAGCAACAAGCAUCCCGACCAAAAUCGGAGACGCCAAACCGGGGAUCGACCAGAGGCCUACUAGAGGCCUACCCAGACUACAACCACUUACCUGGAGGUCUCCCCGGCAUAUUUCCUCCCCCCCCUGCCGGAGAGGGAUAUCCCGGCAACUAAAGCCUGGAACACAGCGAAUCAACUACAGAAGUGACUGUCCAACACAGCCGGAACAGCACCAGCACUCAUCGGGUCACUGGGAAGCAGCUAAGAUGGCCGCCCAGCGAAGGCCCCAAACACAAAGCACACACGCUCCACCAACCUCGAACCCCCUGGGGGAAUUCGACCGAUUCUGCGCGAUCCUCUGGACCAUGCUGAGCGACCGUGGAAUGGCUCACCGUCUGGCGGUGAAACUAGUGGCCACAUGGCUCCGUCCAGUGACCCGGCGGCGCCAUUAUAGGUAUCCACUACAAGCAACCAGAACAGCAGCCAGACCCUGCAAACACCGACGAGCCCACGGGUGGAAAACGCCACCAUGCUGCAGGAGCGACCACACUGGUCCCCACACCCACGAGAACGAGACUACCAAACCAGCCUCCCACAUAAGCUACUCAACGGCUCCGGGAACCAGCGUCCAGCAAAGCUCACCACCAUCUCUCCAUGUCACAGCUGCAAACCGGGGAGCUGCACGGCUGAACACCCCACUGAACACCACUGGAGCUGGGCCCCAAUUCGGGGACGCCUUCAAGGAGACCAACGCUGACAACAAGAGACAUGUCCAUGCACUGGGCAUCGGCUGAAGAGCCUACCUCUGUGCCUCUCAAGUAAACAUGCCACACUUGCAUCUUGGAGGGCAUGUUCACAGCCGGCAACAACUAUCGACAUAUGGACUACCCACACCUCGUAAAUAUAAAUACCACUGCAUAGACUGUGUUUUAAGUGGACAAUGCUGGCCAAACAUAUAGCCUAGCUACACAGAUAUGCCGUAAAGUAUGCCAUAGACUACCUCUUGUUAUUUUUUGUUUAGUUCAGGACCAGAUAGUAUAAGCUCUCAUCUGCGAUUCAUAAUCACCUUUGUGUCCACUUGUAGUUAAGGUGCAGCAGAUUAGCAUGUUACCACAUACCCAGCAGAAAAAGUCUAAUCGCAAUAGCUACGAAUUGGUAUUUUGGUACAACAUUUAUUGCCCUGCCCAAGCGAUGCCUCAAUAUUGUUUUAAUGAUGUUUUAUAGUUACACAAGCGAGAACUACACUGUUGAAAUAAUAAUCCUACUAACCUAAAAUAUGUGCCUGACUAGCAUACGUCACAACCUGUAUUGCAAAUGUUUUCCAAUCUAUCCUGAUGUCGCUGUUGUGGCACACCAGGGCUACUUGUUACUAUUGUGCACAACAAAAAUAAAGAAUUAUAUAUAAAAAAAAAAAAAAGUAUGGAAGUCAUAGUUUACUGACCACACACGAGGCUCCUGCCCAAAACAGUUCCAUGAAUUCAGCGUGUGUGGUCGGUCAAUUCAGUAAAAGGCAUAAAACUAAUAAAAGUCCCGAAUGGAUCCUCCUUGCUCAUAGCAGCGAUUGCUUCCCUUGUUCAUAUGAACCAAACUACCGAAUGGUGCUCUCCUGGCUGUUCGGCAACUAAAGGAGGCAGGCGUUUUCUGCUCCACGCGGCAUUUGGCUAUACGAACAGCGGCCGCCCAGAGAACGCUUAAUAGACGGUUCUUUUGAAGUUAAUGAGCCAGGAGGGUAGUCGGUGUUCGGUAGUUUUAAACUACUGAACUAAUAGAUCCAACAUGAACAAAAUACUGCAGAAAAGCCCGAACAUAGAAGAAAAUACCGAACUCAGUCUAUUUUCUUCACACUUUUACUAUGUUUGUUUUGUUUUUUUUCUUUAUGAUGGCUUACUACAGCAGCCAUUGUCUCCUUCAAUUUUGAUACUAUAGUGCAUUAUUGCAGAUUUUCAAAAGAACAAUUUUCUGCUUUAUUUGACCAAAUGUAGUCAGCAAUUUUGAUAAUACAAUGUCACGCAAGUGAUCUUUGCCUGAAAACUAUAGUUUACUGAUUUGCAUUGGUAUUCUUCAAUUCUAGGAAUUGGUGGAACCUUUGACCAAGGUCUAAAUGACACCAUAUUCAAUUUAAUUAUAGUUACUUGUAGCUGUUUACAUUAAGGGAUUUAGUGCCCAGAAUUAAUACUGGUAGACAAAAUCCUAUAUCAUGUCUGCUUGUGUGAUGACUUGGGUUCCACCCUUCUAGUUCAGGAGGUACCAUAGAUUUGCUGGACUCUUGACUGGCCUCAAUAGUUGAACAGGUGACGUUGUAUGCUGGAACCACUGCACGGCUUGUUGGAAUAAUAUAUUGGGCACUGACAUAGUGACUAUAUGCUAUGUUAUGGAGCUUGUGUUUGUGUCUGUGUGUGUGUGGUGUUGGAAUUUAUGGUCUUUGUACUUUUUGCAGCAGAGGUGCUUGACUGCUCCAUUAUCUACAACAAUAUCAGAGUUUUUUUUGUUAUGUUUUUUUUAAAACUGGUAAAUUGAAGUAUUGGAUUUUACAUCAGUAAUUUGUGGAGUCACCAUAAUCUUAAAAUUUUUUAGAAUUACCCAAGAUAGUGUUGUCAUCACCUAGUACCAAGUAGCCAAGGAAGACCUGUUCAAUAAUUAUUGAUAUGUUGAUGAUAUAUUGUAAACAAAUAUACUGACACCUCUGCUCCUCCCACAGUAUCGGGAUUCAGAGAUCCAAGGCAUGUUAGGUGUUCGCAUUUUAGCAUAUUUCUAAUUUUUAUUUUGCAAACACCUUUGCUAGAUUCAUUAUGGAUGUAUUAUCAAACCACGUUACAACACAACUAGUAUAUGUGGGUCCUUUAGGCACAAUAUUAAGAAAACAAAUAUGUUGUGUCGUGGUUUUGAUAAGCCUUUAUAAAAUAUGUAUAUUUGUGGGGGGGGGUUGUGUAUUGUGAGAUUUAUUUGUAAUAAAACGUAAACCUGAAGCUUCCCAUGUUAUAAGUGCAACCCUGGUAAGACCACCCAAAAACCAAACAUCGGUUCUCAAGUGAAGUCCUAGUCAGGUUAAAUAAUCCAACGUGGAAUAAUUAAAUGGAGGUAGAGUGUACGUAAUGUAACUCAAGUAUACAUUUGCUAUCCUUUGAUUUAGUAAGUUUAACCACUUCUGUUCUAUCCUUUUUGUUUCCUGUAUAUACAAGUGCUUGAUAAAUAUCUUUCUUUCGCUUAGGAAGAAGAAAUGCCAGAAGUUGAAAUAGAUAUUGAUGAUCUUUUAGAUGCGUCUAGUGAGGAAGAACGAGUUUCGAAAUUACAGGUAAGACAAUUGCAGUUAAAUGUGUCUCUACUUCUAGCUAUCUAAUAUUUAUUUUUAUGGAAAAUGUACUUCCCAUACGUUUCCCGUUCCAUGAAUAAGCAUACAGCUAGGGAUUGACCGAUUAUAUCAUUUUUUCAGAGCUGUUACAACAGGGCUUGACUAAUUUGCUUGGAUCUAGGAGCCAGCAAAAAAAAAGUUGGGAGCCAGGUUUUUCGAUGUCACAAUUACUUUCUUAAAAGGACACUAUAGUCACCAGAACCACUGUCUGUAGCCACUCCCUGCAGGCUUUUCAAUGAAAACCCUACCUUUUCUCUGAAAUGUAUUUAUAUUGUUUUUAUAUUUUAUAUUGUUGUUGUCUAAUAACACUUCUAAUGACAGUCACUCAGACUGCCUCUAGAUAUGUUCCUGUGUCAGUGCUGCACAGGGGGCAGAACCACACCCUAGAUGGAGGCGCUAAAUGUUCCCCAUAGAGAUGCAUUGUGCAAUAGCCUCCCACACAUGCGCAAUAGCCUCCCAAUGCUUUCCUAUGGGAAAUCAUUGGAUUGGUUGAGAUCAUCAAGAUUGGUGAUCUCAAUCAUAGAGGUAAGGCCAGCUGGUGAGAGACCAGCACAGCAUAGGGCAAAAAAACUUGAGUAAAAAAAAACCUUCACCAUGUAAUUGGAGGAGGACUGGUCACUUAAACACUCACUGACAGACGCACACGGAUUUGAUACACACACCGACACACACAUUCACUGCAACAAUCACAUAAAUGUGACCACCCAGCCUCCCUAUAUUUGGAAGAGCUUGAGUGGUUUGGCUUUCCCUGGGAUCCAGUGGGAUUUUUGUAAUCUACCUGCUCUGCCCCCUAGAGUGCCGUUUAGUAAUGCUGGGGCCGGAACGACGUCUUCCUGGCAUCACUGGAGGGCGCGCAAUGGAGCGGAGCAGAGCAUGGAGGUUACAACUCCCUCGCGUGCCUGCCAGUCUGCCUCAAUCCUCCAAGAGCCUCCCUUUGUGUGCAAGCCCAUGCUCUCACUCAGAAGGCCUCCUGCCUGCACACCAAAUACUCUUCCUGCCCAGGGCGACCGCACGCAGUGCUCUUUAUGAGCAGACCAGCCACCCUUCCGCCUCCACUCAUAGGCAGCUGACCACCUCAGGGGCAGGUUAAGCUGACAAAUACCAGAUGACCUGGCGUCUGUGAUUUGUCGAGCGCAGUGUUUUAGAAUACUGGUAGCCUUUUGUGAUUAUUGCCGAUAACUGUACAUUUAAAGGGACACUAGAGUCAGCAAAACAACUUAAAUAAGCAGUUUUGAUGUAUAAAUAAUGCCUCUGCAGUCUCACUGCUCAAUUCUCUGCCAUCACACUGCAUUGGCUGGCAGCUGGACGUGGAAGAAGGCGCGUUGUGAAGGGAAGUAUAUUAUUGGAAAUAUCAGUAACCAUGGAGAUCGAUGCCAAUUAUUAGAAAAACAACAAAUAUUGGCUCUAGUAAUCGGCUUGAUAACCAGUUGACAUACAAUACAGCAUAAAAUAAAACCAAUAUAAAAGUCCUUGUAUUUUUACAUCAUGCUCUUAGUGUAAUGUACUCCCAAAAGAAGACUGUUCCAAUAACACUAAUGCCUACAAAGUAAAUAUAUUAUAGAAUGCUAUAUCCAUCAUUAGACUGUAUGCUCUGAUGCAAUGCUAAUUUAUUGAAUAAAUGUUUUCAAUGUCAAGCACAGUGAGUGUGUCAGUUUAGUGCUGCUGAUAUGGUCACUGCAAUAAUUUGGCAUGGCCAAAUCCUUCCAACACCAAAUGCUGAGCCCAUUAUGUGUCAUGAGCAUGUAAUGUGUGUUCAUGCAAUGGAAAUAUUUAGAAUCGAUGAGUGAAAGAUAUCCCUUAUUAUGACAUUCCAGGACAGAGAAAUUGGUUGUGGGUACAACCCCCCACCCCCCUGCUAACCUGCUUGUCAGGUAUAGCAUGGCAUGUAAUUUAUCGCCGGAACCCACUUCCGGGUUCACGGCGCUCAGCCCCGCCCCUUUCUCUGACGCGGUCCCUCCACGAUACUUAGGAGGACCGCGCCAGAUUCAAAGGGCUGAUUAUUCGCACAGGUGCUGCAUGAAGAUCAGCUGCUCUACUUCUGAUCCUACCUGCUCCACUUCUAUACCUCGGCUAGUAAACGGAUUUCUACCUUCUCCACUUCUCGACCUCGGCUAGUAAACGGAUUUCUACCUUCUCCACUUCUCGACCUCGGCUUGUAAACGGAUUUCUACCUUCUCCACUUCUCGACCUCGGAUUGUAAACGGAUUUCUACCUUCUCCACUCCUAGACCUCGGCUUGUAACUCUGAAUUCUACCUUCUCCACUCCUAGUUCUCAGCUUGUUGAAACGGACUUCUAAUUUCUCCUUCAUUGGGUGAAUUAACCCUUCCAGUGCCAGAACUGCCUUUAAGUUAAGUAAUACUUUUACCAAACAAGUCAAUUACUAUUAUUUAUAUUACACAGUAUCUAAAACUCACUAAAGUGUCACUUUGUCUAAUUAUUCCUCUUACUCAUAAGGGAUUGCUACAAAGCCUAAAUUUACCUACAUGGAUAUUUAAAGGUACAGUGACCAUAGUUUCAUACCAAUAUAAAAGGAGGUGAACCUUAUUGUUGUUGCAACCAAGAAAUGCUGCAGUUGAGUUCCAAUUAAAGUAAUAUUACAAAAUAAGUAUUACACUGCUUGAAAAUAGUUUGAUAAAACACUGGGAGACUGCAUUAAAGCACAGUAAGCUAUAGUAGUCAUGGCGUUUAAAGUGUCUCUUUAAGUGAAUUGAUGAUCCUCCAAAAGAGACUGCUCAGGCUGGCUCAACUAAUUUUUCAAGAUUUUUUGUGACAAAUCCAGCCUUCUAUAGCAUAAUAGUUAGGCAGGACAAUGAAGAGUCAAACCAGUUUAGAACGGUUUGACUUCCCAACAGCGGUCAUGCAGGAGCCAGAAGCUGUCUUUCUAAACUGCGUAUACCCCUUUAGCAGAUAUGGUGCAGGCAGAAAAUGGUACGUGCCCGACCCCAGGUAAGUAGCAAGCCAUUCUAUAACAGUUUAACUAUUAACAGUGGCUUAGGGAGUAGGGCACUCAUGACACCAUAACCACUACAUCAUGCUAAAGUGGUUAUGGUACUUCAAGUGUUCCUUUAAAUAUUAAUUUUUUUUAUUUUUUUUUCUCCAGCUAUUUAAGUAUGCAUUUUGUUUUGUUUCUCUUCCAGGAAUCUCUAGUAGACUGCUACAAACCAACAGAGGUAAAUGGUUUGAUUUUUUUUUUUUUGUCUUGAUGUGUAAUAUUUGUCCUAUUACAAAAGAAAUAUCUAAUUGGUAAAGUUUCAUGUUUCUAUUAGACAUAUUUUGAUCAUUAUCCCCAUUUAUUUUCUUUUGUACCAGAUAGUUUAAUAUUCUACUAGAUGGUAGAAUACACAAUAUAACAGCCCUGCAGAAAUGGUAGAAUGGGCUUAACUUCAUUCCUUCACCACCACCACCAAAAACCAAACCACAACUCCCACAUAUUCUGCUGUUCACUCGCAGCUGCAUUGCAUGUUAUGAUUUUACAGUAGAAAGCUGAUAAAUGAACUACAACCACCAAAAAUCCUUCCUUUGCCCAUACAAUAUUACAAAUGCAAACAGUGCUAUUUCUUUACGAAUUGGUGAGAAGACCUUAUUUAUUUUUAAUUUCUCUAAAACCUACAAUGAUUAUAACUGUAUAUAGUUACAUAAUAUAAGAAAUGAUGACCCUCUUACAAGGAUAUUCUUUUAGGGAAUGUGUGACAAAUAAGACACAAACACAAGUGUAUAAUAAAAUGUAUUGUUAAUAUUGAUUUAGGAUACGGUUACAGAUUUUAGAAGAAUAUACACAUUAUAACCAUAUCCAGUACAUAAUCAAAAGAUACAUAGUAAAAGGCAAUAAGUAUACAUUUUAAAUGAAGAUCUUCCCCUUGUGCCUUCAUCUUGGGUAGUCUGGGACAGUCACCUGUGCUUGCUGCGCUGUGCUCUCCAAAAGAGACAGAGAGAGUAGAGGAGAGGGGCCCAACCUCCUUGGCUGUUGUUAUUUUUAAAGACUGAUUCUUGCAGUCCUUAACUAAGUCCCAGAAUCCCUUUUCCCUCCCAAAAGUGGUUUAUCCAGCCCCCUUUUUCCAGAGAGUUCUGUCAUUAAAGGACCACUAUAGUGCCAGGAAAACAUACUCGUUUUCCUGGCACAAUAGUGCCCUGAGGGUGCCCCCACCCUCAGGGACCCCCUCCCGCCUGGCUCUGGAAGGGGGAAAGGGGUUUAAACUUACCUUUUUCCAGCGCUGGGCGGAGAGCUCUCCUCCUCUGAUCCUCCUCUUCUCCUCCCCGUCGGCUGAAUGCGCACGCGCGGCAAGAGCUGCGCGCGCAUUCAGUCGGUCAUAUAGGAAAGCAUUCAUAAUGCUUUCCUAUGGACGCUGGCGUGCUCUCACUGUGAAAAUCACAGUGAGAAGCACGCAAGCGCCUCUAGUGGCUGUCAAUGAGACAGCCACUAGAGGAAAUAGGGGAAGGCUUAACCCAUUCAUAAACAUAGCAGUUUCUCUGAAACUGCUAUGUUUAUGAAAAAAUGGGUUAACCCUAGCUGGACCAGGCACCCAGACCACUUCAUAAAGCUGAAGUGGUCUGGGUGCCUAGAGUGGUCCUUUAAACAAGUCUUUCCCUUUGAUCUCUUCCCUCCGGCUAUACUGUAACGUUCUGAAAGAAGUGACCAGUUAGGGUUGGUUUCUGGGUAGAUUGGACAGGAUGGCUUCUUUUAGAGACAGGAUAGUUUAGGGGGGGAAAAAUACUACCAUGGUUACACCUAGAUAUUCAUUACUCUGAUUUUCUGAUAAUAUGCAUGGAAAACUGGUUGGCAGGAGAACUGCUGGAGGGAUGUAAGCUUUUGUUUUAGCUGGGUGUUGUAAAAUGCAACUGCAAACUUUGAUCCUUAUCACACUGUUAUCAAGUAGAUGACCCCCAAGUUGUGAAACCAGUCACAUACACAGAAAGUUAUCUACUUACUUUGCAUAUCAAUUAUAUUUUUAAUAUUGUGCUGUCAGGCAACAACUUUCAAAUCUUUUUAGACUAUGGGCAAAUACUCCCCUACCCCCCCUUUCCAGUCCAGAAAAAAAAAAAAAGAUUUUUAAAAUCACUUUGUAUAACCACACAAGAUAUUGUAAAUUCCUUCCCAGAAAAUUAGCCUUGUACAUCUUUACUGUUUAAAUGUUCAUUAAUUAUUUCGAGAAGUGUACAAUCUCAUGACUUGAUGUUUUGAUCCUUGGAGGGGAAAAAAAUUAUGCUUAAUCGCAUCAUGUACAUACUCUUAUAUUAACUGGUUUGACCUUUGUAAGUAAAGGUGGAAUGGCCUUUAACAUUAAUAAAAAAAUAAAUUAAAAAUAAAUAAUUCUUCAUAAACCUUUUACUGAAUGAUGUAGCAACAUUCAUUGACUUUUUAAGGAAUACUGCAGACACAAAGAACUAUAGCUUGCUAUUUUUAUUUCUGACAAUUUAUAAAAGUGCCAAUUUUAAUAGAAAUUGGCAUAUUUUAUAAAAAAAAUAAUAUAUAUAUAUAUAUAUAUAUUUUGUAGAUUUGGUCACUCCAUCCAAAACCUCAGAAUUAAAAUUCUUAAAGGGAAUUUGAAAGACUCUCAUGAACAAAAUACAUUUGAGAUGAAAAUGAUCACACAUUUAAACACCAGAAAUUAAGUACUGGCUUUCUCACACACUACCAAACCUUUAUAUAAACACACAUCUUAAUGUCUUCUAUUGUUCUUUUUCAGUAUUCUUGCUUCACCUUUAUUGGAUCAAAUUAUAUACAUACAUAUAUGCAGAUAUUUACUUGCAUGCCCUGCUCUGCUGUUUUCCUGAUUUAUUUAUUUAUUUAUUUUAUAGUUUUUUGUUUUUUUCUUCAAAUGGCUUAUCGACUCUCCUCUAUUUGUUUACUUUUUCUGGUUAUUAUCAGCCAACCUGCACCUUUCACUUUCAGGCACAUCUUCCACUAUCUAUCAGAUUGAUCAGUAUUGCUUCAGACCUGAAGAACAGGGGAAAACUCUUGAAAGCCUGUCUUUCAAAUAUUAUGUUGGUCCAAUAAAAAAAAGGUAUCAGUGCAUACUGGUACUUUGGCAUUUUAUUUAUUUAUAUAUAUAUAUAUAUAUAUAUAUAUAUAUAUAUAUAUAUAUAUAUAUAUAUAUAUAUAUAUAUAUAUAUAUAUAUAUAUAUAUAUAUAUUCAGUAUGCACUGAUACCUUUUUUAUAUAAUCUCUCUCGAUGGCGUGUUCCUUUAAGGCAACUAUUAUUUAUUUAUAGCAAGUUGUCAUACUUUGAAACCCAUAGAAAAUUUGUUGGGGGGGCAUGCUAUAUCAUGCUCUGCCUCCAUCAGGAAAUUAAGCACAUUACUCAACAUUUCUAUGAAAUGCUCUCUUUACAUGUCCUUGUAUGAAGAGUUACUUUUAGGUUAGUUACUUAAUUGCUUGAAAUAGCACAUCCUCUGCAUGUCUUUUUAUGAACACUAUAAUUUGCAUUGACUUUAUUUUAAUUCUAUAUUUACAUUGUUUAAUUUGCAAAAAAAAAAAAAAUUAGCUGCUGCUUCCGCUCUGAUAAUUACAACAAUUAUGUUCUCUACAUUGAAUAUAUAAAGAGCAUUUUGCUGUAUAGACGUCAUGCACAUUCAGAUAAAAUCCUUAUAGUCGAUCAGUUACCUGAACAGCUUCAUUUUCUACAAAAGGACAUAAAUUAUAGAUUAUAGAUUAUAUAAAGAAAUAGUUAUAUCAGUUUAGCAGAUAUGUUCGUUGGCAUGAGCAGGGGGGAGAGGUACUUACUUUAUGAUAUGUAGCUCGUGUAUAGUUGAGAAAUUGCUUAGUGGGACAUUCCAUUAAAAAUAACAAUUUAGUAGAGAACUUACUCCUCCUCCUCUUAACCCUUCCCCCCCCCCCCCCAAAAAAAAACAAAAAACUGCAUGCAGUUUGUUUUGCAUGUUUUCUUUUGGGGUAUUUGAAAUAUUGUCUUGCGGUAGUUGCAGAUCUAGUAUCUGCAGAUAGUGCAAGCUCUUCUCUUUUUUGACUGCACAAACUUCCUGUGGCUUCUCAGUGAGUUGUAUUACACCUCCCUGAGAAGCUUGUAGAAUGGUAGCGCGCUGGGCAAGCACCUACCGCUUAAGUUUAGCUCUAUAGAGCUAAAAUACCAGUAAGUAACCAAACUGGCUGUCUGCUGGGGAGGUGUAAUAAGGUUCAUUUAUAAAAGUGCUAAUUUCUAUUCAAAUUGGCGCUUCUAUAAAAUGAAAAAGACAGCAAGCUGGAGUACCUUGUGUUUGAAGUUCCUUUUAAUGUUUUGGGGAUCUUUUUAUUUUUAAUUUCCCCAGCAUUCUAAUUCACCUUAAAGUUGUAUAUUUGCAUAAAAUGAGCAACCAAUCAAAUCAAACAAGCCAUCUCCUGAAAAUAAAAUUAAUCUUCUCAUCACAAAAUGGGGAUAAUGUGUUUUUAUUUAUACUUGGUGAUUAAGAUAAAAAUGGUUCCAUAAAAUGUUAUUUUAAUAAAGGGUUACUCCAACUAUAAUUACCACUACAGCCCGCAUUAUUGGUUAUGAUGAUAGGAGUACCCUGGCGUUGUUUACAACGGUUUGCCCUCUUACCUGGUCCUGCCAAACACCUGGCCUCCUCUAAAAGCAGCUUUAAAAUAUCUGGAUUCUGCAGAGUUACUGAAACCAGAUAUUGAUACUGAUGCUCAUUUUUUGUUUACUGAAGGCAUCAGCUGACUGUGUUCAGCCAACAGAUGAGUGUAUUGGCAUGAAAAUUUGCAGUUAAUUGACAUUAACCAGCCAACUAUUUUUCCGGUCCCGGACUGCUGAUGACACCCAAUGAUGCUGCUGGAUGUGGAGUUACACCUACGGCGUCAGAGGGGUUAAACUUGGAAUGUGCAGCAUUUCACAGUGAAAUGCUGCACAAAUAUUCUCCUGGUACUAUGACCAGUUCAUGUCACUAAGGUGGUCAUAGUGGUUGGAAUAAACCUUAAAGAAAUAUUCUGUCAUUCUCUAGAUCAGGCUUCCACAACGCCGGCCCUCCAGAUGUUGCUGAACUACAACUCCCUAAUUCUAUGAAGGCUGGGAAUCAUGGGAGUUGUAGUUCAGCAACAUCUAGAGGGCCGGAGUUUGGGAAAGCUUGCUCUAGAUUCAUGCUUUCAUAUAAAUAUGUAUUGUGAUAAAGUGAAGGCAGAUAGGCCUAUAACAUUUAACCCCAGUGGGAGUAUGUGUAGUAUGUGUUGUAGACAACACAAACCAAAGUUUAGUUAUGGGCCCCUGGGGUGGAGCGUUUGGAGACCAAUGCUCCACUCCGCAGUUUGCAUACAACUGGGAGAAACAAGUUCCAGGACAGAGUUUUGAUCUGUCUCCAACCCACUGCUCAGCUGCAGAUAAUCAGCUGCAGCAGUGGGAAUAAACCCCUCCCUGCUAGGCAGGUAAAGGGGGAUUGCUGGCUUCCUCCCUGGAAGCAGGUAGGAGAGACUCUUUUCUCUCCUGUGAGAGAGUCAAGGAGACUGAGCACUGGGAGUGCAGAAAGGAAAGCAGUUAAGGCUGGCUUGGAGCACUGGGAGUGCAGAAAGGAAAGCAGUUAAGGCUGGCUUGGAGCACUGGGAGUGCAGAAAGGAAAGCAGCAGGCUAGCUGAGAGCACUGGAGUGCAGAAAGGAGAGCGAAUUUUGUUUCUUUCUAGAAGGAAUGGAAGCCACAUGCUAACUGAGUGUGGAGUGCAGGCACUAGGUUGGUGAAACCAAUUAUUGUUCUGUUAUAGGGAACUUGAUGUUAGGAUGUUAGUAAGUGCUCAGACCGAGCUAGGUUUUUUGUUUAUAGGUAUUUGUGUUACUGUUUUUUUUUUUUUCAUUUGCUGCUGUAUCUGUAUUGGAGUUUAACAAUAAAGUGCCUGGAAUUAAGUUGCCUUACAAGACUGUGCAUGUUUGUGCCCAAGAAGACCGUGCUACCUGCAGACAAGGAUCACAGUCUGUUAAAGGGACACUGUAGGCACCCCGACCACUUUAGUUCAUUAUAGUGGUCUUGCUGCUGUGUUCCUUUUGCACCUAGUGCUGCCAUGUUAAACAUUGCACUUCAAGAGAAACUGCAAUGUUUACAUUGCAGCACAAAGUCUGCCCUCAGUGGCUGUCUAACAGAAUCGUAACGGACUUUUGGUCCGUUAUCGGACGCUGGAGGUCCUCAUGCACCGCAGAUUUCUCCAUAGGAAAGCAUUAGACCCUGCACGUCGUGCGACGGAAGAGGGGGCGGAGCUUCCAUGGCCCUCGGUGCUGGGAUAAGGUAAGUAAAUAAAGUGUUUUUAAACCCUUUAUUUACCAGUCAGAGGGAUCUGUAGUGCCAGCAAUACAGCUUUGUAUUCCUGGUACUACAGUAUCACUUUAAUUUAACGACUGUAUUAAAACUUCAUUUUGUUAGGUUACCAUCCAGGGUCACACAUUCCUAAACAUAACUUACAUAAGAACCACUUGUGCUAUCACCUCCCAAGUUCUAUUUAUAUGCUGUGGAAUGUGAAAGAAUUACACCAGGUCUCCACGUAUGUAUUAAAGCUUUAUGUUAAGCAAGACAUGUGAAAACUGUCAAUGAAAAUACAUGUGGAGCACUUCAGUAUAAUGUGCCAAUUGUACACUUCAAAUCCGUGUGUAGACAUUAGGCAAACAUGAUUAAAACAGUUAGUAAAAUAAAUGGGGAACGUAUCGAUGCAAUGUACCAACUGUACACAUUCACACAGGGUAUAAACAUUAUGCCAUUAGACACUGCUAAUAAAAAUAUAAAUGUAGAGCACAUCUAUGUAAUCAUACCCUACAUAAUACAGUAUAAACACUAGGUAUCUUAUUUGCCAUAUUAUUAUAUUUGUAUCUGGGGAGGAGAUAUGUGUCAAAAUGAAGUAGUAUAUAAAAUUUUACAUUUAUUAAAUAAAUCUCUCACACACUAGGUUAUUUACUUAAACUGCCUGUUUUUUCACAGUGAAUUUAAAAUUGUGUGGAAAAUUUAUCAGUUUAAGCUAUUUUACAAAAAUUUGUAUUCCCAACAAGUCACAUUUUAGUGGAUAACCAUAUCCAUGUUUCAAAGAUAAUACAUUCUUUAUCUAAACAGCGCUGCAUGCUGUCAGUCAGUCCUUGGGUGUAUAGUGUGAUCAUUCUGUUUUACGAGUUACCUCAUCCUUUGCAGGUUGUGCGCUGUGUAUGAUCAGCCGUUUUGAUAUGUUUUUACUAUCAGAUAGCAUGAUCAAUUCAUGUAAUAUCCUCAGUUGGCAAAAACCCUGCCUAUGUUUUCUACAGGGUUUUGGUCCCCAGCCACCAUACAUCCUCCUAAACACUGUAAUAUUCUCUCUCAAAAUACCAAGGCUUAUUUAGACCUAAUCAUUGGUUAUAUAGAAGAAACAGUAGUUCCUUUUAAAGUUUGUGGGCUCGUUUAAACAAGAAGGUUUUAAAACAUUCAGAAAAAGCAAUGUAUAGUAUGCCUUCACAAUCCUAGAUGUAAUCUGAUAUUAACACAUGGCUUGUUUUGUUGGUAUUCUAUAAACCCAUAGAUCGAAUACCUUUUAAAAUUCUAGCCUUAUUUUUAGCAGUUUUCCAACUCCACGUGAUAUUUUUGCUGUAAUGCUUAAAUGCAGAUGUUACUACUUGUAUUCUACAUAUACGGUUAGGUUCCCAGGAUGCAUAUUUAAGUAACUGAAUAAGCCAUUAAAAAAAAAAAAAACACAAGGGAUACAAAUGUAUUUAUUUAAUUAAUUUAGUUUAUAAAAUAUAAACCCAGGAAGAAUGCAGGAGGAUUUCUCUUGUUUUCAAGUAUGUCCUGGGUUCACAAAACAUUGCAUUGUUACAAUAGGGUACAAUAAAAUACAAAAACAAAAUUAAUACACAAUAUGUACAAAAUUUAACAUAUAACAGGUACGAGAUAUAUAAUCAACCAUUACAGGUGCAUUGUGUUUUGAUAUAAGUAGAGAGGGAUCUCUUAAAUAAUUUUAGGCCUGGGGAACAUUUGAAAGUUAGCGGGAGGUCAUUCCAUAAUUUUGGUGCUGUGUAGGAAAAGGAGGAUCGAGCUACUUUCUUUUUGUAUUGCGGUAGACUAAAUAAAGUGCUGGUACUGGAUUGGAGGUUAUAGGAGGUGUGAACAGCCGGGGAGAGCAUUCUGCUCAGGUAGGGAGGGAGCGUCCCAGAAAAGCUCUUAAACACAAGACUGGAAAGAUGAAGGGUGCGCUUUAAUUUUAUUAGAAAAAAAAAAUGGCGAAGACUUUACGUUUCUUGCCUGUGUGCGGUUGCGUGCUGACAGAUGCAAAAUAUACACAGAAUUGACAUUAGGCUUCUGGAACAGAUAUUUUAGGCUGCCUACGUCAUGUGUAUUAGGGUGCAACUAGCCAUCAGCACACAGUUGAAAAUACUGUGGAUGUGCAGUGUUUUAAAGCAGAAACACUACAAAUACAUACCCGUGUAUGUAGCCGCAAAAGCCGCGCUCGCAUUAGGAUUUGACCAUAGGAAAGCAUUAUUCAAUACUUUUCUAUAGGGGAAAAUCUGACGCUGGAGGUACUCAUGCAUAGCGUGAGGACGUCCAGCGUCAGAUAAGAUGUUUAUCAGUGAUUAUUAUUAUUAUUAUUAUUACUAUAUUUUUAUAGCGCCAACAAAUUUCGUAGCACUUUACAAUGGGUAUGUAGGUCAAGUUUGAAAUCACAUGAUGUUUAUAUUUUCCCUCUUUGAAACAAUUUUUUUUUUAAGUAACAAAUUUGCAUAGUUUAUUUAGUGGGAAAAUUAUUUUGUCAUGGGUUUAUUCACUAAAUGUGAAUUGAAAAUAAAUUGAACUUUUUAAUUUUUCCAAUCUUUUUUUUUUUGUCUUAAACAUUGACUUGGGUCUUCUGUUCAUUGCAAUUCACUGGUUAUUGAUUGAUUUAUUUAGACAAAUUUUACACAUUGUGGUUCAAACUCCAGUUGAUUUUACAAUAAUAUACAGCUAGUGAAAAUUUAGAUGGUUCCAGUUGAAAGAUGUCUCUUACAAUUUUCUUAUGUUCAUUUAGUGAUUGAAUGUAUAAGCAGUAAAUGUAGCUGUACAUUUUUAAUGCUUAUUAAGGUCAGGCUGUUGUCUUUAAUGCGGAGAGAUACAUUAUUAUUUUAGUUGUUCAGUAAGACUAUCUCUUCUUGUUAAUCCCAAUGAAGAAGUGACAGCCUUGUUGCUAUUUACAGAGACACAUAACAAUUGUCUGUUUCUGAGCUGACUUCCAUCUGUCAUAUAUUUAUCACACACACACACCCCUAGCUCAAUGAUAACUGGACCAUGGGAUGCCUCGUUCUUCAUUCUCAAUUUAUAAAAAAACAAAACAAAACUCAAAAUGCAAAAACAAGACCAGAGGAUGCACAGCCCCAUGGUCCCAAAUGUGCUAAAAUAACUCACAUCCUAUGAGUAGGUGUAAUACAAUAAAACUCACACCCCAUGACCAAGAAUCCCAAAACCAGUAGCCACCAACCACUUUCCCCCAGAAACUGCCAUUCCAGUGUGCAUUUACAAAAUUAAUGCAUUUGAACUGACCCCAUCAUGUAACUUGGACCAGUCCUAUAGGGAGAUGAGUGUGAACAACUGCCUGUAUCCACCCCAAAAUACAUAUGACAGAUAGGAACCCCACAAGUAUUAUAUCCCUGGAUAGCCUGGAUCGGAGCACCCAAGUUGUCCAUGUAGUAUAGCCAAAUCACUGCCGGGGUAAAGUUUUGACCGACCGCCCACAUGGCUGUUGCCCAAAAUAGCUACACAUGAAAAGAGGUAGUGCCGGUCAAGUUUCGCGAGUUCCUAGACCAGGCAUAGGCAACCUUCGGCACUCCAGAUGUUGCCUACAUCCCUCUUACAUACAUAAUGCUGGAAAAGCAUCAUGGGAGGUGUAGUCCAAAACAUCUGCAGUGCCGGAGGCUGCCUAUGCCUGUCCUAGACUAAUGUAGCUGAAGGCUCCCCCUGGCUCAUAGGGUGCGAAUGGUCUCCCAAUUCGGGAGGGUCUUUUCCACGCACUCGAUGACCAAGUACUGCUGCUUAAGUUUUGGAGACAAAAUGGCCGCUAUUUACUAGAGCAUGUGUUUUCGGUUAUACGAAUGGUGGCCACCCAGAAACAGCACUUGAGUUAAAGGAUCACUAUAGUGUCAGGAAAACUAAGGGGUUUUCCUGACACUAUAGUGCCCUUCACCAAUGUGCUUUAUAUACCCAAAUGAUAAAAUAGAGGACUUACUGUCUCCAGAUGUCAGGUGCUCGCAGCCAGCCGGGAGCACGUGGCAUUGAGAUGCCUCGUAAUCAUGUACAGGGCUGCAAGCCUAGAAAGGCUGAGCCUGUUGUGGAAAUGGCUGUAACGCAAGCUAACUACUGUAGAGCUCUGACCAGCGGAUGAGCCUCGGGCAAAUGAGAUGCGAAGAAAGACAUGGGGUCUUACAGCCCCUAAAAAAUAAAAAAAAUAAAAAAAGUAUAGACCUAUUGUAUAAAAAAAAACCUAUAACCUAUAUUGUAUACUAUAUAAGCAAAACAUAACGGAGGGCCUUCUAACAAAGAAAUGAUGUCCCCACAUUCUAGUGUGAAGUUUAGGUGAUCAACCCAAGAGUAUAAGAAAGAAAUAUCCUGUAGGAUUUCUAGAGAAAGGUUUGACAGGGAAUAUUACUGUGGAAAGGAACAUAGCUACACAGUAAAACAACUAUUGACAGCGCCUGAUCCAAACAAAAAGAUGAUGAUAAUGAGUCCAUCCUAGGACAAAUAAACACGAGAAACACACAAACCGAAACUCCAAAGAAAAAAAGCUUGGUUGUGCCCCUACACUCUUCAACUGAAGACUAAAGUAUAAUAUACUGAUGCUUGUAUUACUUGUGUCCUGUGUCCUCUCAGACACCAACAUCAUUGUAGCCCAGCUUAAUGUACUCUAUGUGCCAUAGACUAGCUAUAGGAUAGUACUCUAGGCUUAUAAACAGUAGGGCCAAGGCACCAGAUGGGGUGGAGGAGCUGUAGCCCCUUUCAUUACUAUAAAUAUAAUAUAGUUAUGCCAGGAGUAAACCUUUUUUUCUUAUGACUGUUUGUUUAUUAUUGUGUGUAUAUGACAAAUAUAAGAAAAUACAUGACUAUGUUGCAACAGGAAUGAUUCCUAAAAGACAUCGACUAAUAGAAAGUAGCGCCCCCAAUAGACCGUAUAUAAAAAGUAAUACAGACAAGUAUUUUUCAUUGAGGCCUCUUGGCCAUACUGUGUCUAGUGUAGAAAUCCAAAAUAAUUCCCGUUGCAACAAAAGUUAACUGUGGUCUUCUCCCCCCGCCCCCCAGUCGCAGAAGAGGGAACUGGUCAAUGGACCUCAGUCUCAAAGAUGGCAGAAGGUGUCACUCAUCUAGAAAAUGUUUUGCUACCAGUAAUUCUGCUUUAUUAGGCAGUGCGUAUACUAGAUCAAUGGUUACGUAUACGCUUUCUGAGAGGAAGAUCAGUUUUCCCAAUAAAUGUUAGGCCACACAGACAUUGCGAUCUAUAGACAACAUGGCCUGAGAUACAGGUGAGUCUGUGACAAAUCUUAUAUUGUUUUCCUGAAUGGGGAUGGCUAAAAACCUAACCCGGAGUCAUGUGGCUACAGGUCACGCAGCCAAGGCAUCUAAAGCACCCAGUGUUGGACCAUAGCAAAGUUCUGGAUCUGUCUUUACCAAGAGAUCCCUCAGUUUUACCACAUCGGUAGCAGAUCAUAGGUGGCUAUUGGAACUCAGGGAGAAGGGUGGGAUCCCCUCUAAAGGUAUUCCAAUUUUUGUUAACCGUUGAUCUCAGUGUAUCUGAAGCUGUGGUGUAUGUAAUUAGAAAAAACAAAUGUGGAUUAUUUUGUUUUUGCAGUCUGGUUUUAUUCAGACAUUUGUACAGGGCAUCCUGUAACACUUGGUCUUUGUAGCCAUGUUGCCUACUUUGGACCACAUCUCCUUGAGCUGUGUCUGUGACAUAAGUGGAUCCAAGUUAUUCCUGAUGACUAAUGAAUUAUGACAGGGAUAGUGAAUUCUUCAGGUGUGUUUGAUGGAAGCUUUUGGCAUGUGUGCAAAAAGUGGAUUUUGGUCCUCAAUAAGUGCUCUUUAGAUCUAAUGUUGAUCAUAAUCAAGGAGGUGAAGGAGGAUUUACUAGAGGUUAGGAAACUAAUUGCUGAAUGUGAAACCAAGGAACAUUACUACUCAUGUCAGCCGAAGCCAAACCCACUGUAUUAAAACUGGAACUUUAUUAAGCCUUAUAAAACCAACCUGAUCUGAUUUUAAAAGGGAGAAACCGACUAAGGUGACUAGUAACUGCCGGUAGAGUUACUGUCUCCAAGAGUUAGAGAGAGAUAAAGAUAUCUAAAUAGGCAUUUAUUCACACUCUUAUCACCCUUUACGACUGGUCCCUCACUGACAGACGCACACACACUCACACAUUUACAUAUUCUUACACACACAAAUUAAUUUUAUAUCUUGUUGUAUUAAUUAAUGUUUUAGGCCCAUCCAGCCUUCUUAUCUUUAGGAGAGCUAGUGGGGAUCUUCUACCUAGGGUCCAGUGGGCAAUGGAUCUUCAAUUUCCUCUCUGCUCCCUCACGCGUCAAUUGUAGUGAUGCCUGGGCUGGAGUGACUUCCUACACCACCUCACGGCAUCACUACAGAGUGCUGGUGGGGGAGCAGAAAAGAACAUGAAACACUUUAGCGCACCUGCUCACGCAUCACUCACUACAGGUGUUCUUGGGCUCAUUUAUGCCCCUCCUCUCCAUAAAGAUGUAGCAGUGCUCAAAUAAUGAAAUGUCUCAUUUGAUCGUGCUCAAAGUUAAUCGUUUUCCUUGGUCCAACCUUACUUAAUAAGACGAUUUAGCUGUUUGGCAAAUAACUUGACUAUAUUUGUUUGAAAUUAGAGGUGUACACUUGGUGGAUAUUGGAAAGAUUUAGAUGGAAUUUUCAAGCUUGAUUUAAUCUGUUUUGCACAGAAUUAAAUUAUGGGUAAAUGCUCAUAUUUACAAAGUGAUAUUACAGAUCAAAAUUUUACAUUUUAAAUCCGUAAAAAUGUAAUUCACAAUACAGAAUGUUUUUUUUUUUUUUUUAAUGUAUACUUUUCUGAGGCAUUAAGCGGUUUAUUUUAAAAUAUAUAAUCUAUGUUAAUAUUGUAGAUGCAGGCUGUUGAACAUGAGUUAACGCUUAAACUUUCUUUUAACGUUUUCUCACGCAAAGAGAACAUUAGAAUUGAAGUUGAAACCGUAGUCAGAGGCUAGGAGGGGAACAGGGAGAAAUAUGCAAUUUGUUUUGGUGGAGGGAGGGGUGGCAGUGCUGUUUUAAAUGAACACUCCAAACAAAUAAAAUAAAAACAAAAAUUUAUAUAUAUGUGUGUGUAUGUAUAUUGGUCAUUUUUUCUACAGUUCCCAUGGUUAGGCAUUGAGGUUUAAUUUGUUUCAGUUCAGUGUUUUAAUUGUGUUUAUUUUAUUCCCAUUAAAUCCCCCAGGAAUUUAUUAAUCAACUUUUAGCACGAAUAAGAGGAAUGAGAAAACUAAGCCCUCCACAGAAAAAGGAUAUAUAAGCCAUCAGCCAAGGCCUUUCCAGUCACACGAGUACAGCAAGGAAAACAAGAAUUCAAGACAUUUUAAAGGAAAACCAAAUCAAGCGGUCUUAAUGAAGAACUCAAUCUAUAUAUGUAUUGCUGUUUUAAUGGGAGGGCCAGGGGUGGUUGGGCUGUAGUUCCAAAACGGAAUAUUAAAAUCAUUAGUAAUGUAGUAGUUAAUAGUUUAGUUUUUGUUUUUUUUAAGAAAAGAUAUUGGGCCUAUGUUGAGGGAACAUUGAAAAAUCAAACAAAAACAAUAAAAAUUAUAAAGAAUAAGUAUGCCAGCUGCUUGUACUAAUUUUAAGGAAUGUGACCUCUUGGGCCACAAACAAGAAUUCUUUACAAAUAUUUAAAGUGUAGAAAAGUGUAUCUUGCUUGUUUAUGUGAACUGUAGUGAGCAAUACAAAUACAAAGGUUGCAAUUCUUGUCUGGUACAAUGUCCUUUAUUCCCCACUCCAAAAUAAACAAACACCCCCAAACCAUUGGCAUAACGUGAAUUGGGACACCGGUGUGCUGGGUAAAAGGGGGUGGGCCAGUGAUGCAAAACACGUCGCUGGUGCUGCCCAAAGGGGAAUGGGUUCGCCCAAAGACCUGUCAAGUCAGCCUAGCACGAAUGAACAUCAGGCUGCCUAUAACAGAGCCCAUCCAACUGCAGGCAGACUAUGACACAAGAGCAAUGUUUCAAUGCUCUCUGCAUGGUCCUAGUGCCCUUAGUGUGAGCAUAUUUAAUGAUGCACAUAUGCUUUUUGGGAAAGAUUCCUUGGCAUUGCAAAAAAUUAGGACACCAUGGAACAAAACCAAAAUAGUGGUACAGGAGUCUAAAGUCACAGACCUGACUUAAUCAAGAUGAUUAAGAGUUGUGCAUUGAACCAAUUUGUUCAAUUUUUGCUUCUAUUUUGGAUAUAGACAACUUGCUCGUUAAAUGAAACAUCUACUUUGCCAAUGGUGGAUUUUGAUGCCUUUUUAAAGUGACACUAAAAGCUUGCUGGAGCUUGUUUUUUAAUGCAUUUUGUACUUUUUCAAGCUUCUUAAAACCUUCUUAAUACCUUUCUCUGCGUGAGCCUGUGCUGCAUGCGGUCACAGCUAUGUUCUUUCAUAGUACCAAAUGGAGCAAUUUGGCACUAAAACUGUGCAGCUACUUUUUGUUUGUGCUGUGAUUUUAUUCAUCAGGAAUUUGUAAGAUAUGCUCAGCACUCCCACUAAGACUUAAAUGGAUUAGAAGUGUCCGCUACCUCUUCAUCUAAAGAGACCUCACUGCAGAAGCUGUAAAUGUAUAGAAUGCAUUAAAGUGGAGGUCCACUCCAGUCUUGAGGGUCCAUUCUAACUUUACUGUCAAAUUAUUUGACUUAUAUUCAUAUUUAAAACAAUCCUUCUCUCUCUCUAAUGUUUAGACAUCCAAUUUUUUCCUGGGUCUAUAUUUGGGUUUUGUGUUAUUUUUUUCCCCGUACUUUGAGGCUGCAUCAAGUGCAGGCACAAUACGGUGUGCAUAGAAUAUAUCCUCACACAAAAGUCACUAGCCACUGCAAGCCUGUCACCAGGAAUGAAUCUUGCCAGCGCUGUAUUUUCAAUAUGUCUAGUGGGCAAAUUAAAUUCUUGAGAACUGCAGCACACAUUAAAAAAGCAGUUUUUUGUUUUUUUUGCAUAAAAAAAACUUUUAUGACAGAUGAUCUAAUUAUCAAAAUUAUAUAAAAAUUCAUAGAAAAGGCAGUUUAAAACUAAUUCUGAGCUUUAUGAUGUAGGUUACCUUUGCAGAUAAAUCAUGCAACUGCAUUAAUAGUUAGUCUCUUGGCAGACGUUUUUGUAACUUGGAUGUGACCUUGCCACAGUUCAAGAGAAUAACCUUAAAUGGUGAUAGUCUGAGUGUUUUGUUUAUAGACUUGAAAUAGUUCUCAUUUUUUUUAAAGGGACACUAUUAGCGUCUGCAGUAUUUUGACGUGGUUAUGGUGCAUUGAGCCUUUGGGUGCCGUCUCUUUUUUUUUGGCAAGCCAUUUGUGAGCAGUUUGAUACUAUUUGAGGCACUGCUUGCUCAACUCUCUGCAGCAUUCAGUCUCAUUGCCAUCUGAAGGUGAAUGACUUGGUAUAGAUAACACAAGUGAAACACUAAUGCAUUACCUGAGUGUCUGCAAAGCAGCCAUAAUUUGGGUGGCAGAAGUGGCCUCCUUUUUUGGCAAACCCCUUAGUUUUGCAGAAACGAGAGAAUAGGGCACCGAAAGACCCUUGCAGCAUAACUAUUAAAUUAAGCUGUAGUGGCUGCAGUACUUGGUGUCCUUUUAAGUCUAUUUGGCUUAUUUAUUUGUAUCAGUGUUAAAUUAAGCUUAGUUUAUUUUAAGGAUUGCAUAACAUGUAAAUGUUUCAUUUCAUAUUUUGCCAAAUUUAUACCUUUUUUUUUUUUUUUUGGGUUUUUCUCUUUUUAACAUGCCUGAUGGUGUUUCAGUGAAAGUUGAUCAUGGUAAUGGCAUUAAAAAUGAGCACUUUAAUAAUACAAUUUACAAAAACAAUCUAUUUUAAAGCAAUUUUCCACAGUUUGUAAGACGUGCAUUUAUAGCAUUAGUGAUAAAGUUUGUAUUCAAGGUCAAAUGUCAGUGCAAUUGCAUCUUCGUUUUAUUUUUUUAAAGAGCUGGACAAUGUGAGAAAUGUGCUAGGUAAGGGCUAAUACUUUACAUACAUGGAUGACAUUUGCAAUGAUAUUGCCUUGAUGAAUGCUUGUUUGACAAUUUUAAAAUCACCUCUUUGCCUUGUGCAUGAGUUUUCUUUUUGUUUUUUGUUUUUCUUCCUUCAUCUUUGUUUCUUUGGCCAUGAGAGUUUAUUCACAAAAAUGAGAAUUCAAAGUGAAUUUCAAAUUUAAAGGAACAUUAUAGUCACCGGAACCACUACAGCUUUAAGACAAAAGGCAGCGUUUACUGCCCAGUAAAACCUUCAGUGUCAGUCACUCAGACGGCCAAUAGAGGUGCUUUGCAUCCUAUUUUAGCACUGCACUGUGUGCAGAGUGUGGAGAUGCCGAACACUCCUCAUAGAGAUGUAUUGACUCAAUGCAUCUCUGAGGAGAUGUUGAUUGGUCCAGCGUGGUGGUUUACCACGCAUAAGCAAUAGCCUCCAAUGCUUUCCAUUAGAUUAACUGAGAUUGUCAAGACAUGGAGGCGGAGCCAGCCAUGGCAAGAUGAGAGCGGCAAUUGAGAAUAGGUAAUUAAAAUGAAUUUUCUCUAGCCCAAAGUAGCUGAAUUGAAACAUAUCUCUAAGCCAGCUAUGCUUCCAGUUUGGCUACUUUGAAAUUUGAUAUUCUCUUUGGAUUCACUGUGAAUUCUCAUUUUAGUGAAAUAUCCUUUUAUAAGCAGUGUAAACUGGUAUCUUGGUAAUAAAGAGUACACUCUUAAAGGGACACAUAAUCAACAUAAACAUUGCAUCUCGGUGUAGGAGCAAUGUUGCUGAUAGCCUGUGAGUGCCAUUCUUCAGUUCUUUGUCACACCACUUGAGUGGUUAGCCAAAAAACAGCGCUCUCCUCGGCAUUGAAAAGGCUGAAUUUACACGUCGGCCAUAUCAAUGUCCUUAUCACGACAGGAUGAGAGUGUGUUCUUGUUAAAUAUAAAUCAGGGAAACCUCAUGUGAGAAUCUCUGGUUGUAGUAUUUCAUAAAACUAAGUAAUUGAUUGAAUGAAAUGUCUUUAAAAGUAAACCAUGUGUGAGAGGAUUUCUGCAAUAUAGCAAAAGUUAACCAUUUAACCGUCUAUUCAAUGAUAUAACAGGCUUUAUUAAAUAUAGUGAUCCUAAAAAUCAAGCCAACAGGUGAUAUAUUGUGUCUCUAUAUAUUCCCUAUUAGUAUAAUAAACAUCCCUCCAGAAUCAUUUCAUAAUUACAAUGUCCAAAUAAUCUGGAACAAUCGUUGAAAAAGGAGAGGGGAGUUUAAUGGGGGAGAGCGGGGGGGGGAGUUAUAAUAGGGAGCGAUCACUUAAAUUGUCAAUUGGCUGUAAUGGUAGUACAGGGUUAUUGGAGUAGAAAAGUAGGAUAAUAUAUAUAUAUAUAUAUAUAUAUAUAUAUAUAUUAUAUAUAUAUUAUAUAUAUACUGCUCCUUAUCCUGCAAAAAGUCCACUUAUCUAUAGUUUAGACCAGGCACAGGCAACCUUUGGCAAUGCAGAUGUUUUGGACUACACCUCCCAUGAUCAUUUGCCAGCAUUAUGGGUGUAAGAGCAUUAUGGGGGAUAUAGUCCAAAACAUCUGGAGUGCCGAAGGUUGCCUUUCCCUGGUCUAGACUAUUAAACUACAAUCGCCAAAACCCCUCAAUUACUGCACCUUCAAGGGUGCAAAAAAACAGAAAUAAGUAUAAUCUCCUGCACCUACACGGGUUCUAUUAGUGCCUGAUACUGAUAUCCUUUAGCACCUUCAUGGAUGCUAAUGGUAUAAGUCCCUGUAUAAAACGGCUGCAAUGCAGUCUCUUAUCUCCUAGUAUACAUAGGUAAACCCUAACUUAGCCCUCUGGAGCAUCCUCUUAAAAGUGAUCCUAAAAAUCAAGAAGGCAGGUGAUAUAUUGUGUCUCUAUAUAUCCCCUGUUAGUAUAAUAAACAUCCCUUCAGAAUCAAGUCCAAAUAAUCUGGAGCUAUCGUUGGAAAAAGGAGAGGGAAGUUAAAUAAAAAAAAAAAAAGACAGCAUUAUAAUAAGAGAUCACCUAAACUGUCAAUUGGCUGUAAUGGUAGUACAUGGGGUUAUUACACACCGCUUAGGUAUUCUCUGGAGGCUUAAAAUUGCCUGUUGGCUUGAUUUUUUUUUUAGGAUCACUAUAUCUAAUUAGCAAAUAGAUACAACUGUCGGUUUUAUGUUUAUUUUUGGCAAUGGAUAAAUAAAUCCUGUUAUAAUUGAAUUGACCAGGCUUCCUCAAACUCCGGCCCUCCAGAUGUUGCUGAACUACAACUCCCAUGAUUCUCAGCCUAUCUAUUUCAUUCAUAGAAUCAUGGGAGUUGUAGUUCAGCAACAUCUGAAGGGCCGGAGUUGGGGAAGCCUGGAAUAGAUGGUUAAAUGGUUAUUUUUUGCUAUAUUGCAGCACUAUUAUCACACAUUGUUUACUGUUGAAGACAUUUCAAUUACUUAGUUUUAUGAAAUACCAAACCAGGGAUUCUCACACGAUGUUUCCCUGAUUUAUAUUUUUACUAUAAGUGUUAAGCCCUGGGUGGAAUUGGUACCACCCCCACUGACCAACCCCCAUCCGGGAUAUUCUCUUAGUGACUUAGUCUAUUAAUUUUGUGUUCUUAUUAAGUCUGUUUAUGAAGAUGGUCAGAUCUGAAUACUUAAAGGGACACUAUAGUCACCAAAACAACUUUAGCUUAAUGAAGCAGUUUUGGUGUAUAGAUAAUGUCCCUGCAGUCUCACUGCUCAAUCCUCUGCCAUUUAUGACUUAAAUUACUUUAUGAACCCUAGUCACACCUUCCUGCAUGUGACUUGCACAGCCUUCAUAAACCCUUCCAGUAUAGAGUCAUCUAAUAUUUAUCCUUCCUUUAUUGCAAGUUCUGUUUAAUUUAGAUUUUCUUAUCCCCUGCUAUAUUAAUAGCUUGCUAGACCCUGCAAAAGCCUCCUGUAUGUGAUUAAAGUUCAAUUUACAGAGAAAUAUAUACAAUUGUUUAAGGUAAAUUACAUCUGAUUUGAAAGUGAAACCAGUUUUAUAUUUCAUGCAGGCGGUGUCAAUCAGAGCCAGGGGAGGUGUGACAAGGGCUGCAUAAACAGAAACAAAGUGAUUUAACUCCUAAAUGGCAGUGAAUUGAGCAGUGAAACCUGAGAAGCAUGAUCUAUGCACUAAAACUGCUUAAUUAAGCUAAAGUUGUUUUAGGUGACUAUAGUGUUCCUUUAACCCCUUAAGGACACAUGACAUGUGUGACAUGUCUUGAUUCCUUUUUAUUCCAGAAGUUUGGUCCUUAAGGGGUUAAGCCAGAUGAUCUUGCACAAUACACCUAUAAUAAAACUCAGGAGCAAGUAAUAUCACAUUUCUUAAGUAUCUCACUUGAAAAUGGUUAAUGACAUUUGAUUUCACUGCUUACCAUUUGCAUUUGUAAAAGGCACUAAGGUUCUGGUGACAGUCAGAACAGAGUGAUUUAUGAAACCAAGAACAGUUUUGAGCCAAUUAUCCCUCUUUUCAGUAACUCUUGACUUCACAAUCACUACUAAAAGUUAUACCUUUUUUUUGGUUAUACCCACCCCCUAUCAUCUUAAACAGUGUUUCUAUAAUGCCUUAAAGUAACACUCUAUAGCCCUAAAGCACUUUAUUUUUCUUUAGGGUUGAAUAGAGUGAUCCCUUUGUCUUAUUCUCUAAAACUAUACAUGUCCUAAAUGGCACAGUUCCGUCUGUUAAUAAGGUAUUCCAGAGGGUGCUUUUCCUUAUUUGCUUUGAGCACUCGCUCAAAGAAAAAGGCAGUGAUUCUCAAAGAAAAGCACUGGUUUCAGUGCGCUCUAGGAGAAGCAUUCUAUUUGAGCAUCGUAAAGAUUGACAAGUGUGCGUACAACCACAAUGCUACAAGAUGGAUGUAGCUGUUUUUGUGCUAUUUUUACGGAUGGUUUCAAUUUUUUUUCUUAUCCAUUUUUAAAUGUAUACGUGGAACAGUUGAAUAAAAUUAAAUGUACACACAUGGUAAGGGGUUUGUGUAUGAUAUAUUAAUUUGUUUUCUUUGCCAAGUGAUUAAACAAACAGCCAUAAUGUUUUUAUACUUUGUAGCUUAUUGUAGUGGCCAUGGUGCUGGGAGUCUAUGGUUAAUAUCUUUUUAGACUUUAUCAAACCAUUUUCUUAUUGUAUUGUUUUUAUUCCCCCCACCACACACACACACCCCAUUUCAAUAGUACAGAAAUGACUAUAGAAGGUGUGAGCUAUAUUACAAUGUCCCAGUCUGGCUAAUCUUAAAGUGUUGAUAAAUCCUGUAAUUUUUUUUAUUUUUUAUUGUUUGUCGUGUAUUAAACUACUCUCUCCAAGCAUUAUAACCACUACAAUAAGCUGUGGGAGGGGAGGGGGGAUAAGGGGGAGGGAAGGGUACCGUUUUGUCAGUAAUCUAUUUGCCAUUAUAUUUUGUAGUUUAGCCAAAGGUAAUAAGAAUGGUUUAUAGCAAUAGUUUGAGGUCAACUCAUACAGCAUUGUUAUUUGGUUAUUUUAAGUGUGAGAUUUUUUAUUUUUUUUUUUUCACAUUUUUGUCAUCAUAUCAUCUAUGUUUUCUCACUUAGAGUAAUCAGACGCCAAAAUGAAAUGUGGUGUUUUAUAUAAAAUGGUGCUCUAUUUCUGUAAGUUUUGUUAUACCUUUUACCCAGUGUAUCCAGCACUGUAAAAUGUGUCACGAUGCAAGUAAAUUAUAACAAUCAAUCAUGUUUCAUAAGAAGCCAUGAUUUCCCAAAGCAUUUUUUUUUUGUCCCUCCCCCAAUUGUGCUUAAUUUUGUAAUUUGAUGACUGAUUUACUGAUGAGAAAUUUGCUCAAAUAAACACUGGAGAAGUACCUUGAUUUAUUGACUUCUUUCAUGUGUUUUUAUUUUUAUUACUAUGAAUGUAUGUAUUAAAAGUAAAUAUCUGUUUACAAGAGGGGAAUCAAUAAAAAAAAAUCACAUAUAAA